AUGGACUUCAACGCCAGCCUCGGCAGCCCCGCGGGAGCCAAGCGGGGUAGAGAAGCCGCCGCCGCCGUCGUCGCCAGAGGUAAGCGCGCAACGCUGCCCGCGAGUGCGCCCCUGUGCGCCCUGGUGCGUCCUGGAGACGCGCUCUGCCCCGCUGGGAUCCAGGCGGUGGGGAGCAGAAGACCCCCAAAGGGAGGGGGCGCGGGGCUUUUUCCGGUGUUGGGAUGGAGAGAAGGAAAGCUGUUUCCUUCCCCGAUGGGAGGGACAAAAAGUGAAAAGGGGGUCGUCAAAGACGGAGAGGGGGAAGGCGGGGUGAACGCGAGGUGGAUUCCGAGGCGAGGUAAGUUUGUCAAGUGGGUAUCCAGUUCGGAAAAGUGGGUGGCUCAGGGAGGGGGGGAUUGGCGUUGGACACACCCACCCUCCGCGAUCCAGAGGCAGGAGGGUUAUUUGGGGAAAGGCAUAGUUAUUCCGGGAAGGGGGGUAUCAAAAGAGAAUUAAGUUGGGAGGGGGCUAUUUGGGUGGGUGGAGAAAGGGGUGGUUGCGUCUCAGCGAGGGGCUUCAGUGACUCCGGUGAGGACGGCGAUAUCUGGCAGAAAUAAGGGGGGGGGGGGCCGCAAAGUAGGGCUCUUUUCCCACCCACUUUUAAGCAACCCUAUUUAGAGAGUAUCACUGUGGGGACUCAGCUUUCCCAAAAAUUGGGGGGGGGUAGCCAGAGGGGUUUCUAACCCUUUUGCAAUCACUUCGAGAUCGUGGAGCACCAGUGCAUGUCCUCUUCUGCUGCUGUUCCCCCCCCCCAAAAAAAAACCACUCCCCUUAAAAUUUCCAUGGUUUUCCACUAUGCUUUGCAAAAAUCAGAUUUGUUCUGUUGCUUUUUCAGUGAGAGUGAUUUGCAGUUAUAUUCCCCCCCAACCAAACCGGCGGUGGUUAUUCUUUGCCUUCACCUCCUGGAGAAUCUCACAAGUGUCAUGGAUUAUUUCCUCAAUCUGUUGGGAUCAGGCUGUGUCCAGUGUGUUUGUUUGUUUUUUGGGUGGGAGGGAAUGUUAUAUUCUCUCUUCCAGCGCUUUUUGUUUUCUGGGGGAACUCACCGGAACUCAGUUCCGGCCCCUCUCAGGUGUGUGGCAUUGCCACGCCAAAAGAAGGAGGGAAUUGUUCGUGGUGACUUUGGCACCUCUUCUUUUAAAGAAAACAGCACUGCCCUCUUCCCUCUGUAUCAGGCAAGAAAGACAUCAGAUAGGGCCGCGUGAUCUGGCAUCCUGUUCCGAACAGUGGGCAAAUGCCCCUCAGAACCCAGGAGUGUGGAUAGACUGCCGCUGGACCUGGAGGUUCCAUCCGAGCCUCAGAGGACAACCACCAGAUUCCCCGCUUGGGCUUCCUCAAAACUGGGAUUGAGAGUCAAAUGUGGCUCCAAUAGGGGAGGCUGAUCAUAGGUGUCAUGGCCAGUAGCCCCUGAUAGCCCCCGCCCCUGUGAGACGCGAGUGAUUGCAUUGUUUACAAAAAAAUAAUAAUAUUCUGUCCCACAUCUUCCCUUGCAAAAUGACCUAUUGGCCAUUGGAACCACCUCUCCAAAAUAAGGAGAAGCCACGUUUAUGCCUCAAUGUCUUUUAUUGCUUCCUCCCUUCUCCUCCUCCUCUAUUUUUAUGGGAUUUCAGUUUUGACGUGCUCAGUUUUCUGAACAUAAAAAGUCUCUUGGGAGUGGGGCCCAUUUCGCAGAGAGGAAAAUUGAGGCAGCUCUGUGGGGCAGGUGCAAGCUCCUCUUUACCAGUGUGCGGGAACAGAACUGGGGUUAAAGCAGGUUAAGUGUGUUGGGGAAUUGCUGUUCUUGGGGUUGGGGAAGGGGCUUCCCAGUUGUUUCAAAGUUGGGUGGUCCCCGGAACGUCAGCUCGCUCUGCUACCUUUGACAGCCACCCAGUUCUUCCUCUGUCCUGGCUACCAUAGAACCAGCUCUGCAGCGACCCUUAGCUGUGAUUACGCUCCCCCCUCCCCAAAAAAUAAAACUUUGUUGAUAUCCAUGAAAAGGAUGCAUUGACUGUAUGAAGGCAUCUCAUUUAUUCUCAUUUAAACCAGGCCUUUGUGCAUAACUUAGGUGGACUAGAAUCUUAGUCCUGGACCUUGAGUACUGGCCCUCGACAGUCGGGGUUGACAGUCCUGAAUUUGAGGGACCGAUUCCACAUUCCUUCGUUCUUUUGACACCAUCUCCUGUUUCUUUCUCAAGAGAGAGAAUCUUCACAAAGGCACAUUCUCCCCAAAUAAGCCCCCAAAGGAAAAGUAUCCGAAACGUGCUUGCAAACACCCUUCACUGUUAAGAAAGAUAAAGGCAUAUACUUCAUUCUCUAGACAUCUGCUUUGCAGGUGGAAGAUUGCAGGUUCAAAUCCUGGCAUCUCCAGGUGAGGUCAGGAAUGUGCCCUGCCUGAAAACCAGGAAAACUGUCAGUGUAGACGAGGCUGAGCUGGGCGGAUUAACAGUUUCACACGGUACACAGCAUUCUGGGGUCAAAGGUGAGGAUGGGACAUUUCCCCUGCGCAUUUUGACACCAACCCCCCAAACCUUUGGGGAUUAUGUCUCUCUAGCCUGAUCACCUGUUGAGGCACCUUCCUGGGGGCAUGCCAUACAUCUGAAGCACAUUUUUCCUCACCCCAAGAAUCCUGGGAACUGUAGUUUUUGGGGGGUGCUGGGAACUGUACCUCUGUGAGGACUAAACUACAGUUCCCAGGUGCCUUUUAUUGGGGGGGGGGUUUGCUUUAAUCUAUGGUGUGUACACAGGCAAAGGGAGGCCUGGGCUGAAAUCCUGGUAGGAUUAAUUAUUCUAAGGCCCAGAUUGCCACCCCUUCGCUGCGGUUUUUUUCUACCCUCUCUCUUUAUUUUUAUUUUUUUGUCCCCUUUGGGGUUGUUGACAAAACCCGCCUCCCAUCUGAGAGAGCGAGAGAGAGAGCGCCCCAAUUAAGUCAUUUGCAUGGUGGUUACGGCACAGCGGCAAUCUCGAGUCUUUUUCUCUCUCCGGCAGAGAGAGGAAAAGAGAUCGUAUCUCUCUCUCUCUGAGGCAGAGAGAGAGAGAUGAGUUGUGAACGCGGCUUGGCCAGUUUCAGAGUGAAGCUAGGUUUCGUUCCGCAGCGUCUUCUGCCUCGCUAAUGAACACCUUCGCUCUCCUGUUAAAGCCAUCUCCUGCCACCCCAGAGGAGACUCCCUUUCUCCAUCUCUCUUGGGACUGAGGUGGCCCAGAACCCAUUGGAUUCCCUGGUACAGAGGGUGCACCCGGCCUCCUCCUCCUCCUCUUCUUCUUCUUCCUCUCCCCCCCCCCACUGCUCCCCAGCCGUCACCUCCAAGAACCGGCGCUGCUCUCAUCUCGCCGAAAUCUUUUUCAACCUCUCCCCGCAAGAAUACUUUCAAAGUUUUCAGCUCAACAUCUGGCUUCCGUUUUCACUUUGCAAAUUUGACAUGUUUUGUCUCCAGGAGUUUGGGGGGGCGUUGUUAGAGGAGAGGGGCUUUUUCUGCUUUUUAAAAAAAUUAUUUAAAUAUAUAUUACUUUGCUUUUCAAUUCCCGGACACUCCACGAAGAACCCUCUCCGCUUAGGGCAGAGGCUGAAAUUUGCAUCUCCCUGUGUGUGAAUCAGCAUAUGCAAAUUGGGGUGCAGGUUUAUUACUUCAUUUAUUUAAUGAAAACACUUGUGUGCCGUAAAAAAAAUAUUGAGGCAGUUCGUGGGAAUAAAACCAUAUUCAGGCAACCAAACGGCGGGUUGGACUACAUGGCCUCCCGGAGUCCCUUCCAGCCCUACAAUUCUUUGAUUCUAUUUUUCUAUUUAAAAAUGUUUAAGCAUUUGUUUCACAGAGUGAAGCCCUUGAGACUUAAAAAAGCCACAAGUAUGUACUGUAGUCCGUCCCUGCCGGCCUCCUUAUUCUAGCUCCUUUAUUUAUUUGGUUUUUCUUCCAGAGGUUGUGUUCCUCAUAUCAGAGCUUCCUGAAUAGCAGGCUGCUUACUAUCCCGUGGAUUUAAAGCCUGCAACCUUCCCCCCCAACACAAGAAUCCUGGGAACUAUAGUUUUACCGGCUCACCAAACUACAAUUCCCAGCACCCUCUGCAAACUACACUUCUUCCAGAGAUUGUGUUCCUCAUAUCAGAGCUUCCUGAAUAGCAGGCUGUUUUCUACCCUGUCCAUUUAAAGCCUGCAACCUUCUCCCCCAACACAAGAAUCCAGGGAAGUAUAGUUUUACCGGCUCGUCAAACUACAAUUCCCAGACCCUCUGCAAACUACGCUUCCCAUAAAUUCUGGGGAGCUGUGCACUUUGAAGAUGCGGUGAGCACCCAGCACAGAGUCGACCCAUUUCAAAUGAAUGACCCGUGUUAAUCAGUUAUUUCCCCUUUCCACUGAUUUCUAAUAGAUUCACAACUUUGACUCCAUGCUAUAGUAGCCUGUUAGCCCAAAUAUUUUCCACAAAGUAGCCGGGUUGUUACUAAAUUGUAGCCCUGAACCUCUGAAGUCUGAUAUCUUCUCCCAGCUGACGGCUGCCAAAUAUUUACAUCCGGAUCUCGCGUCUUCCCCAAUUUUUUAUUUCCUUGCAGAACUAGCAGAUGAGCAUCGUCUUGGGUUGUUUGCCUGGGUGGUCAGUUUGGGGUUUGAAAGCAGAAUCCUACCAUAUUUUCCAUCCUGGCUCCACAACCAUGAUGAUUAGGAACAUUGGGGGAGAGUGCUUGCAUGUCAUGUUGCUGGGAUUUUUAUUCCUAGUUAGGGUAGUGAUGCCUAACAGUUAGAGCAGAGGUUUUUUGGCCAAUUCUGGAAAGGACGUGUGUAGUCUGCAAAUCUCAAAAGCUGAGGACUAGAUUCCUUGGAAGUGUGUGCACUGUGGGACAGUGGAAGAGGCACCCCAUGGCUUCAGGUAGCUGGCAUGGCAGAGCUUCAUGCGGCUGCAGUGCUGUUCAUUUAACUACAGUGCAUCUGUUUCUUUUGUUGACUUGUUCAGGAUUGUGAACAUGUGUUUGCGUGUAGAGAGUGUUAUCACAAUGUCCCUUGAGCUCAUCUUUUAACCCAGGCACCCCCAAACUCGGCCCUCCAGAUGUUUUGGGACUACAACUCCCAUCACCCCUGACCACUGGUCCUGUUAGCUAGGGAUGAUGGGAGUUGUAGUCCCAAAACAUCUGGAGGGCCGAGUUUGGGGAUGCCUGUUCUAACCCUAAUACUCCCCUCUUUGCCAAAAUCCUGAAUUUGGUCCAGGGGUCAGCAAACUUUUUCAGCAGGGAGCCGGUCCACUGUCCCCCAGACCUUGUGGGGGGCCAGACUAUAUUUUGAAAAGAAAAGAAAAAUAAAUGAAUUCCUAUGCCCCACAAAUAACCCAGAGAUGCAUUUUAAAUAAAAGGACACAUUCUACUUAUGUAAAAACACGCCGAUUCCCGGACCGUCCACAGGCCGGAUUUAGAAGGCGAUUGGGCCAGAUCUGGCCCCUGGGCAUUAGUUUGCCUACCCAUGAUUUGGUCUGCUUGGAAGAAAAGCCAGGUGAACUCUGCAUCUGCUCAGAGGCACUCUUUCCAUCCUUAUUAGAUGCUCCCGGUGGGCUUCAAGACAAAUUUUUUGGGCUCUGGUCCUGAGCUGGGUUGGAGCCCCCAUCGAAAGCCCAUUCCCCUCCCACCCGAAACAGAAUGCUGGGAACUGUAGUAUAUUCCCCCACCCAUAGCUACAGUUCCCAGCACCGAGUAUUCUUCCUUUGGAUGUAUGUAUGGGAAAACAUGCUUCUGAUGUGCUUCGAAUGUGCAGCGCGUACUUCGUCUGUGGUCACAGUGCCUCUGAGCAUGUACAGAGCGGGGGACCUUUUCAAGCACAUCAGUCUAGCAGCUGGGCCAUAUAGUGUUUAGGGAAGCUUUUGAUGUUUGAUGCAUUACUGUAUUUUAAUAUUUUGUUGGAAGCCUCCCAGAGUGGCUGGGGAAGCCCAGCCAGAUGGGUGGGGUAUAAAUAAUAAUAAUAAUUAUUAUUAUUAUUAUUAUUAGGCUCUCCUCGUUUAAUCCCCACAAGAGCCCUGUGAGGUACGACAACCUGAGAGCCAACCACUGUCGCCCAAGCCAGCUUCAUCUGGCAGAGUGGGGAUCCGAACCCUGGUCUCUCCCAGGUCCUAGUCCGCCACUCUAACCACUACACCACCGCUGCCUCUCCCCUAGUGCUAUUCCCAGGAGACUCACUGAAUUGGUCAACAUACCUAACAUUUCAGUGAAUUUAUUCUAAGUGGAAUGUAGUUGGAAAGGAAAUGACUAAAGGUAUCUAAGGACCCUCCGGAGACCUCGCAAUUUUCCCAGCUGAUUGGCGUCCCAGGAGUUGGACCCGGGUAAACUCUGUUCCCGCUCCCUUCUUGCAAGCAAUUGCUUUUAUUUUUAACCGCUUAGGAUUUCAGCUAAUAUGUUAAUGCGCAGGCAAGGGCUCUUUGCUGGGGGACCAGCUGAUCUCCCUCAGACGUGAUUCCUAAGCUGCUGGUAAUCUCUGCCCCACCUCCCAGCUCCAAAAUCACCCCCCCCCCAAACGGGCUGGCAUGGCCCCCUCUGGUCAAGCCGGCCGUCAGGUGGGUUUGCUGCAUCCUUCAGGGUGGGGAGGGCGCUUUCAAGAAACCGGCUGCCUUUCCCUCGCGAGAAACUUACAUUUUCUCCCCUGGGUAGGUGGAGAGACUUUUGCUGCAUAAAGCAAAACAGAAAAACCCUCUUUGUUUGAGCUUUGGGGCCUCGGCUCUAGGGAGAUGAGGAAUUUCAGAAGCUGCCUUGUGCCCAGUUAGACCAAUUGCCUCCCUAGCUUAGCACUGCUUACACUGACCGGCAGCAGCGACGCUCCUGGGUUUCAGAAGGGGAAAUCUUUCACAGCCUGGCGACAGGGGUGCUCCAGUUCCUUCCGAAGAACCUGUGAUGGACAUGAAGGGAGGGAUUUGACCCACCAGCCCCACCCAGAAGGGCCACUGGUCAGGGGUGCCCCACCCCUGAUCUCUCCCCCCAAUAGUGAGGCAGCACUUCUCCUUCGGAACUCCCUGCCACUUGACAUUAAGUCGGCGUCAUCACUGUUCCUUUUAGACCCCCACAGAAGACAUCGCUGCUGUAACAGGCUUAUAUCCAGACAUCUAAUUUGGUUUACAUUUGUGGGUUUUCGUUUUGCUUGCUUUUUAAAUUAUUUGUCAUGCUUAACUGUUUUCUCCGUGUUUCUAACAGUGGUUUAAAUGUUAUUUUUAAUUUAAAAACAAGCAAGCAGGUGCGUUUGCUGCCCAGGGCUCCUCUGGGAGCUGCGUUCGAAUGCUACUCACAGGUAAACCUGUGGAAAUGAACGGUACUAAAUUAGUCGUGCCCACAAACUGCCCAGAGCAGGGCUAGCGUUCAAUAAGGAGGCUGAAUACAGUGGUACCUUGGUUCUCAAACGCCUUGGAACCCAAACAACUUGGAACCCAAACACUGCAAACCCGGAAGUAAGUGUUCCGGUUUGUGAACCUUUUUUCGGAAGCCGAACAUGCUCAGUUUUGAGUUUUCAGCUUCCGAUUUGAGUGUUAUGCUGAGGUCUGUCUGUUUUUGCUAUUUUUUAUGUUUUGGUUUUUGCGGCUCUUUUUGUUUUGCUUUUGUGACUGUGUGGAACCCAGUUCAGCUACUGAUCGAUUGAUUGUGUGCCUGCAGUACAUUGUUUACUGCUUUCAUUUUAUGGAUCAAUGGUCUUGUUAGAUAGUGAAAUUCAUGUUAAAUUGCUGUUUUGGUGGUUGCUUGUAAAAGCGUGGAACGGAUUAAUCCAUUUUGCAUUCCUUCCUAUGGGAAAGCACGCCUUGGUUUUGGAACGCUUUGGUUUUGGAACGGACCUCCGGAACGGAUUAAGUUUGAGAACCAAGGUACCGCUGCAAAAGCAUUUUAAAAAACGGUUUACUCCUGACCGACAGAGGGUGGAGAAUCUCAGGAUUGGGGCCCCAAAUGCACCCAUCUGGUGCACCAGGGAGGGGGAUGCAGCGAACUGCUUUUUACCACUGUCGCACCUCGUUCAGCGUUGCCGAGACGGCCCGGCAGGGUUGCUGGAGCUGUGGGAGCCUUUCCCAGCCCUGCUGGUGGAUCCCAGGGAUUGAACCCGGGAUCUGGUGCAGGUGAAGCCAGCACUCUCCCCCCUGAGCCGUAUCCUUUCCCCAUGGGAGGUGGGAGCCCAGCAACUUCCUGGAGGGGCCACAGAUUCUCCGGAGAACGCACCUUCCUGGUGGAAAAGGAACACGAGGAGAGUUGGGGGAGAGAAACUCCAGGCCAAUUCAAGAGCCGGAAAAAAAGUUUCACAGCAAUUAAGGAGGUUGUGAAGACUUGGAGAGGUGAUGGGAGCAGCAGAGCAGAGAGAAGUCCAGGGAGAUGGCUAGCCCCCCCCCCCAAGACCCAGCGGUUCAUUCUCACCUGCCCAAGGGUGAUGCUGAUUUUGGAGGUGUGAAAUUUAGCAGAGAGAGAACGCCAGGGCAGGAUUUUGGUUCAGUAGCUGGCCAGCCCUGCCUUUCCCGCCUCGGUUUCCCCGUCUGUGAAAUGGGAGGGAUGUUCGGCGGCGCUUUAAGCCGCCAGCCUCUCCGCUCAGAAAGUGGCUAUUGAACGUAAAGGCUUUGGAACCCCUCUCUCAAUCUGCUUGUUUUAUAAAGUACAGGGGUAGCUUGGUUCUCAAACUUAAUCCGGUCCAGAAGUCCAUUCCGAAACCAAAGCAUUCCAAAACCAAGGUGCGCUUUCCCAUAGAAGAGAAUGCAAAACGGAUUAAUCCGUUCCAGACAAAACAACCCCUAAAAUAGCAAUUUAACAUGGAUUUUACUAUCUUACGAGACCAUUGAUCCUUGACGGGGCUCUUUUUAUGGAGCCUCCAGGUCCAGACACAGUCUAUCUAGAAUUUCUGGGUCCCUGGGGGCGUUUGACCGCUGUACGAACAGGACGCUGGGCUGUGACAGACCAUUGGACUGACCUUUCAGGGGGUUUUUCCUCGUGUGCUUGUUAUAAACAGUAAAAACCACACGGAAAAAGAAUUCAGAACAUCAGCUAGUGCUUUGUGUAGGGGUGUCAACCUUGAACCAAUAGGGACCCCCUUGUUCACCUGUCUUGUGAGGCCGCCACACAUUUCCAAGCACUUGCAGUUCCUUAAUCCGUUCACCCAGCUAACAUUUGUCGUGGGUUGAUUUGUCAGGAAAGAGGAUGUUGUUUUUUUCCUUGUUGGUUAAAGGUAUUCCACAGAGAAAACCAUAGGUAAAGGUAAAGGACCCCUGACCGUUAAGUCCAGUCGUGGCCGACUCUGGGGUGGCGGCCCUCAUCUCGCUUUAUUGGCCAAGGGAGCCGGCGUACAGCUUCCGGGUCAUGUGGCCAGCAGGACUAAACCGCUUCUGGCGAACCAGAGCAGCGCAUGGAAAUGCCGUUGACCUUCCUGCCAGAGCGGUACCUAUUUAUCUACUUGCACUUUGACGUGCUUUCGAACUGCUAGGUUGGCAGGAGCAGGGACCGAGCAACGGGAGCUCACCCCGUUGCGGGGAUUCGAACCGCCAACCUUCCGAUUGGCAAGUCCUAGGCUCUGUGGUUUAACCCACAGCGCCACCGGCGUCCCUAGACCCUUACAAUCCCUUUUCCAUCUUCCUGGAUGAACUCUUCCAGCUCCAGGCAGUAAAAUGAGAAGAGGUCAAAGAUUUGAUGCGUUCAACUAAGUCCGUUUCGGACUUAGGGAUGGGCAGAUACGUCCAAUUUCAGUUUUUCCAGUAUCAAACUCAGUUCUCCAUAUUUCCACAUCAGCUUGUCUUUUAAAGUCCUUCAGCGUUCAAGUGCAAAUCCCUCCCAAUAUACCCGUGUCUGUAUGCAUUUUUGCCUAAGGCACCCAUUUUUAACAAUGCGGUUCCCGAUAUUUUCACUCAAAUAUUUACCUUUUGCACUAAACGUGAGAACGCUUUGCACUCUUGUUUUUAAAUGUUUUGUGUCUGUUCUGUCCUGGGCUCCUUUUGGGGAGGAAGAGGCGGGUGCGAAUAUAACAAAUAAAUACCCUGGUAUGUGCAAUUUUUGGCGACACGUUACUGAACUGGGGAAUUUUGCAUUGCAACAUCUGGAGAAGUGCGUAUUUCAAAUGAAACGACUUUGUUUUUGAUUGUCUACUCCUCCUCCAUCCCUACUCAGACCCAGCAAAAUCAAUGGGUUCAGAGAAUCAGUGGGGUUCGGUAGCUGCGAUUCCUCUAUUCCAUUAAUUUCUGUGGUUCUGUCCUGCAUUGGACUUGGUUGGGUUCUGCUGGCGCUUUCGGCCGCUCCAGAGGGCAUGGCUUGUAGCGACAAAAGAAAGGCACAUUUCCUUUUUUAUAUAUAUAUAAUUUUUUAUUAGUUUUUCAACAUAUCAUUUUCAACAAUAAUUAAACGUACUUUUACAUCAUAUACAAUUUUUUGACUUCCAUCAAUCACAUCUGAAAAUUUUUCAAUCUAUUCACUUAAUUUACGUUUCUUAUUUUAAUAAUAAUAAUAAUAAUAAUAAUAAUAAUAAUAUUUUUAUAUCCCGCCCUCCCCAGUCGAAGCCGGGCGGCUAACAACAAUAAAAUAUUACAACAUUCUAAAAUCAUUUAAUUAUAAAAUUAAUUCAAAUCAAAUUGAUGGCAACCAUUGGGCUAGAGUUCUGUGAAGAUUGCCAAAGGAGGGAGUCAGGCUGUGCCCUGGCCAAAGGCCUGGUGGAACAGCUCCGUCUUGCAGGCCCUGCGGAAAGAUGUCAAGUCCCACAGGGCCCUGGUCUCUUGGGACAGAGCGUUCCACCAGAUCGGAGCUUUCACUUUUAAAUCUCAUAGCUAAUAUCUCUUUUCUUUCUCUUCUUUGCAAAAUUUCAUAUAUUUCUCCUUACAAAACUUAUUGUAGUCCUGCUAGCGUAAUUUGUUGAUUACAGUUGCUCUUCAAAUAGUUCGUAUAUUUCUUCCAAUCUUCUGUGAAUCUCUGGUCCCGCAGGUUUUGAAUCCUUCCUGUCAUUUUAUCCAAUUCUGCGUAGUCCAUUAAUUUUGUCUGUCAUUUUUCUUUCGUUGGUAUUUCUUCUUGCUUCCAUUUCUGAGCUAACAAUACACUUGCCGCUGUUGUUGCAUAUAAAAACAAUUUCGCAUCCUGUCUAUUAAUAUCCUCACCUAUAACGCCCAGUAAAAAUGCUUCUGGUUUUUUUUAGAAAUGUAUAUUUCAACAUCUUUUUCAUCUCAUUAUAUAUCAUUUCCCAGAAGUUUUUUACUGUCUUACAUUCCCACCACAUAUGAUAAAAUGUUAAGAAAGGCACAUUUCCGUUCAACAUUAGGAGAAAAAUAUGGGUAGUGGGAACAGUUUGACAGUCUAGCGCAGGCAGGUUUGACUAGAAGGCCUUACGAUGUCUCAUUCAGUUUUAUAAUUCUGUAAACGGACCAAUGCAGGGGUACAUUAGAAGCGUAUCAUUUGUGGGUCUUCAUUUCCUGCCUCUGCUGAUUCCCUUGACCAACACACCAUCCCUUUAUUUAUUGAUUAUUCGUUUCAUAAAAUUUGCACAACGCUUGUUCGUUUGCUUGCAUAAAAACCCCUCAAAGCAGUUUGCAAAAAGGCGAAAGCGUUAAAAUCAAGGGGAAACGUUUACGUUAAAACACGCGCAGGAAGUUAAAAUGUUAAAACAAGAUUAAACUUGCCCAUCGCGUUUCUGAGCAUCUGGGUAGACUGGUCUGAUUGCUCCUAGCGUCAGGGACUGAAAAGGAAAGGCCCCCUGCCUUGGCCUCAAUAGGCGGGGAGUUCCAAAGGUGCUGCCGCAGUAAACGCUGGCGUUCUUACGAAUGCGGGUGUCACGUGGCGGCUGUGUGUAGCGCCAGUCCUGCCAAUCAAAGCAGAGUUUGCUACCACCCCUUCCCGUACACGGGACGGCUCCGGCGAUGCUUAGCAGACGGCGUUCGUGCCUCAGAAAGGGAUUUACCCAAGCAAAUCUGUGGCGGUUGCCCACCUGCCUUUAAGCGCUUCAUCCUUGCCUUCCUGCUCUUCCCUUGUCAGGCUGCAGUUAUAAUAAUAAUAAUAAUAAUAUUUUUUUAUUUAUACCCCGCCCUUCCCGGUUCGAAAACUGGGCUCAGGGCAGCUAACAACAAAUUUAAAACACUUAAUUGUAAAAGCAGCAUAAAAUACAGUAUAAAAUCAUGCAUAACAAUAAAAUUCAAAGUUCAGAAAUCAAUUUAGGGGAAAUCCAUCUAAUAAGUAUUAGAUAGUCAUGAGGGCUAGCUGGCUGAAUUGGUCCUACUUGGGCCAGCGAGGAGGCCAGGGGAGAAUUAGCUGGGGGGUCUCAGAGCGGGUGAUCUUCAUAAAAGGGGAGGGGGAGGGAAGAGAAGGGAAAUAAAAGAUCAGGCUGAAUUCAAAUUAAAGGCCAGGCGGAAUAGCUCUGUCUUACAGGCACGACGGAAGGAGGUUAAAUCCUGCAGGGCCCUGGUCUCAUGGGACAGAGCAUUCCUCCAGGUUGGAGCCACCACUGAGAAGGCCCUGGUGGAGGAUAGUCUGGCUUCCUUAGGACCUGGGACCUCUAAACUAUGGUUAUUCAUGGACCUUAAGGUCCUCUGCAGGGCAGACCAGGAGAGGCAGUCCCAUAAAUACGAGGGCCCUAAGCCACAAAGUUAGCCUGGCCCCCUGUUGGCAGCCAUGCAAACUACAACGUGACGCUUGCAAAAAUAUAACAUGGGAGAGACGUUCCCGGUCUGAAAUGUGGUGUUUGAGAGAGAGUGGCCCAGGCUGCAGUUUGAGCCUGAAAUACAGAGGGCAUCUUUCAGACUGGUUUUCUAUAUAAUAUACUCAGGGGGCUCCUGCCUGAUAGGGGCAUCCUCUGGUCUCCGGUGAAAGCGCUGGACCGCUACGGUUCACGGCACCUUUGACACUACAGUUCCCAAGAUUCUUUGGUGGGGGGAGCCAUGUCCAUUGAAAUGGCAGGAGUCGUGCCAACGGUCAACAUCCGCAUGCCCCUUUUAAUGCCCACGAAGAAUCACGGGAACCAUAGUUUACCCCCUUGCCGUGCUACGCUUCCCAGCACCUCCAACAAUCUACAGUUCAGGUGCUUUAAGUGAGUGUUGUGGGAGUGAGGCCAAUUUCCCAGAAAGCUGUUUCUGCUUUCCUUCCUCCCCCACCCACCCACCCCCAGUUUCUAGAGGUGUGUAUGGGGGCACGUCCCAUCAAUUAAAGCGUCAUCAACGAGAAACUGAGUCACUGGUGAAACUGAUACGGCUUUCUCUUGACCUGACUAACAGCUGACACAACAGAAGUUUAUAAAUCUAUAUUCUAAGUGUGGCUGCACCAUAGAUUUUUAUAACGCCAUUAGGAUCUUGGCAGUUUUGCUUCCAAGUCCUUUCCUAACGAUCGCUGGGCUCUUUUUUUUUUUACAGCUGCCAUACACUGGUUCAGCAUUCUGUUGUUUUUGUUUUAUAUAUAUAUAUAUAGUUUUUUUAAUUGAUUUUCCAUUUAAACGUAUAUAGUAACAUCGUUAUUAUUCACUUUCCUUCCUUGGCUCUUUAGAGCCUGUCAACUUCCUUCCCUCCCAACCCCUUGGCUUUCAAAAGUAAUCACAAUAUUUUAUAUAUUUUCCAAUUCUAAUAUAACUCGUUACAAAAUACCUCAUAAUAUAAAUAAAUAUAGAAAGGGGGGGAAUUCUCAUUACUAGUCUUCGGAUAACCCUACUAGUGUUGUUAGUUGCUUACAACGAUCUUUUAAAUAUUGUGUAAAUUUACUCCAGUCUUUUUGGUUGUGCUGGUUUCGGAUUUUUCCCAUCAGCUUCACCAGUUCUGCAAAGUCCACUAUCUUCAUCUGCCACUCUUCUUUCAUUGUGGUUCAGCAUUUUGUUUUAUCUGCCACGACCCCAAGGCCUUCUGUUCAGAUGCCAUUAGUGUAAAAUACGGGUAGGCAAACUAAGGCCAUUUGCCUUCUAAAUCCGUCCCGCGGAUGGUCUGGGAAUUGUCAUGUUUUUACAUGAGUAGAAUGUGUCCUUUUAUUUAAAAUGCAUCUCUGGGUUAUUUGUGGGGCAUAGGAAUUUGUUCAUAUUUUUUCUUCAAAAUAUAGUCCGGCCCCCCACAAGGUCUGAGGGACAGUGGACCGGCCCCCUGCUGAAAAAGUUUGAUGACCCCUGGUGUAAAACAACGGCAGUCAAAAUGAUGAACGGGGUGAAGCAACUCUGUGAGGAAAGGUGGCGGCGUUUGGGACUUCUUAGUUUAGAGAAAAGUCAAAUAGGAAGUGACCUACUAGAAGUUUAUGAAAUGAUAAAGAAAGUGGAUAGAGGGGGGAAGUAGUUUUUCUUUCUGUCUCAUAGCACAGGGACUUGUGGACUUCCAAGGGAGUAUGAGGUUUGGGAGAUUUGGGACAGAUGGAAGAAAGUCCUUUGUGCAGUGCAGUUAAACUGUGGAACUCCUUGCCACAAGAGAGCGGGAUGGCCCCCAGCUUAAAGGUAAAGGUAAAGGGACCCCUAACCAUUAGGUCCAGUCGUGGCCAACUCUGGGGUUGCUGCGCUCAUCUCACUUUACUGGCCGAGGGAGCCGGCGUACAGCUUCCGGGUCAUGUGGCCAGCAGGACUAAGCCGCUUCUGGAGAACCAGAGCAGCACACAGAAACGCUGUCUACCUUCCCGCCGGAGCGGGACCUAUUUAUCUACUUGCACUAUGACGUGCUUUCAAACUGCUAGGUUGGCAGGAGCAGGGACCGAGCAACGGGAGCUCACCCCGUCACGGGGAUUCGAACCGCCGACCUUCCGAUCGGCAAGCAAUUCUUCUGAAUAUGAGUUGCUAGAAACCGCAGGAGGGGGGACAAUUGCUCUUGCGUUUGGGUCUCGUUUUGGGGUUUCCAAUCGGGGCAUCUGGUUGGCCACUGUAAGGACUAGAUGAGCCACUGGUCUGACCCUGCCGGUCAUCAGAGGAGCCCAAAAUUGUCACUUUUUUUAAAAAAGGUAGUUGUAUAAUAAGGUGAUCAAAAUAUAAAGCUCAGCAACUAAGAAUCACAAAUCUACGUAAUAAAAUUACGUUGCCGUUUAGGGUUUCUUUCUUGAAAGCGUCUUCGCCUCUCUUCUCUUUAUUGAAACGGCAGCAAUGACAACCGCUCGAGGUGCGGCUUAUCAAAAUAACCGAGUACGAAAAGACUGAAAUUGAAGUUUUGAAAGGAAAUGUGGCAACCACAGCAGAAAUUCGGCAGAUUGAAAGUUAAGGCCGUUGAGAGUGGCAGCUGUCGGUGGGGCAGAGCCCUUCUUGGAAGGGAAGGUUUGAGCGGACUUUGAGAAGGCGGAGCAAGACAUUUGGGGAGAGUUGUAGCAUGUGCCUUGCAUGCAGAAGGUCCCCGAUUCCGUCCCCUGUCUGAAUCCCCGGAGGUCCACUGCUGCUGCCAGUCAGUGCUGGCGAUCCCAAACUACUGGCUCUGCAGAAGGCAUCUUUCUUUCAACCUUUCUGCUCCCAGACUCUCGAACUCGCUCCCUGGAGAAGCCAGCCGGGCUCCAGCCUUGCUGGCGGAAACCUUCUUGUUCCAACAGAACAUCUGGGACCUGACUGCUUUUAAUGAAAGGGCUGGUGCCGUGAUGUUUUUAUUAUAAUUAUCGGUAUGGUUUUAAUAGAUUUGUGUGUGUGUGUGCACGUGUGCGUGUAGUUUUAAUUCUCUUAAUGCUUUGUUGUUGUUUUAAUUAUUGCUUUCCCCCGCCCGUGUUUUUAGCUGGACUCAUUUCACCUGUAACCUACCUUGAGUGUCCGUCAGGAAAGAAGGCGGGUUAAUAUUAUCAUUAUCAUUAUUAUUUCCUAGAAUGCAAUGGGUGCCUUCCUCAGGAGGGUGGCCUGGGGUUCAGCCAUUGUCAUGGAGAAGGUUGCAUCGCUGGUCGUACUGAAGAGCCCCUGCAGACUGGGGUUUUUUUGGGGGGUGGGGGGUUGUGAUUUGCACAAUGAUAAUGCACCAGUGAGAUCUGGACCAUAAAGAACGCUGAUUGCUGAAGAAUGGAUGCUUUUGAAUUCUGGUGCUGGAGGAGACUCUUGAGAGUCCCAUGGACUGCAAGAAGAUCAAACCUCUCCAUUCUGAAGGAAAUCAGCCCUGAGUGCUCACUGGAAGGACAGAUCCUGAAGCUGAGGCUCCAAGACUUUGGCCACCUCAUGAGAAGAGAAGACUCCUUGGAAAAGACCCUGAUGUUGGGAAAGAUGGAGGGCACAAGGAGAAGGGGAAGACAGAGGACGAGAUGGUGGGACAGUGUUCUCGAAGCUACCAGCAUGAGUUUGACCAAACUGCGGGAGGCAGUGGAAGACUGGAGGGCCUGGCGUGCUCUGGUCCAGGGGGUCACAAAGAGGCGGACACGACUAAAUGAUUAAACAACAACAAAUGCACCAGUGAUUGGUUGAUACCAGACUGUCCGCACUUUAUCCUGCUUUUGUAGCUGCCUGGGAAGAGGAUUUGAUUGCUAAACCACUCUGGAGAAUAUAGCUCUGGGAAGGGAAUCUCCCAGUGACUCUCAUAACAAACUGCAACUCCCAGGAUUCUUUGGGGGAAGCCAGGAGUGUUUAAAGUGUUUUCAUGGUGCUUUAAAAUAAUAAUAAUAAUAAUAAUAAUAAUAAUAAUAAUAAUAAUAUUUAUACAUCCGGCUGGGUUUCCCCAGCCACUCUGGGCAGCUCCCAACAGAAUAUUAAAAACAGAAUCAAACAUUUAAAAAUCCCCUGAACAGGGCUGCCUUCAGAUGUCUUCUAAAAGUCAGAGAGUUGUUUAUUUCCUUGACAUCUGAUGCUUUCAACCUGUGCUGUGAUCUUGGUCUAAAUCUGGACCUAUAUCCUAAAGCUGUAUUGUUUUUAACACUCGACUGGGAGCCGCCCAGAGUGGCUGGGGAAACUCAGCCAGAUGGGCAGGGUAUAAAUAAUAAAUUAUUAUUAUUAAUUAUUAUAAAGCCCCCAUUGUCCUUUGGGGGCGGGGUGAUUCAAUUCAGUUUGAGUGGAAAAGCUAGCUUAACCUCAUUCGUCUGUGUUCUGUAAGACGUUCAGGCAAGGUUAUAUCCCAGACGGUUGUCCUUUUUUUAUUUUUGAUGGUGAAGAUAUAUUUUUAUAUUUCAUUUUGUGCUGCAUUCUGUAUGUAUAAGGCGGAGGGGACAGUUGGAUAGCAACUGAUGGAAAUAAAACAGCUUUAAGCAGGAUCCAGUAUGGUUUCAAAUUGGAUGGGGAGCCCCAUGUUAUUACUGGGAUGUGAGUUCCAGCCUUGCCAGGUGUGCUGACGGUUAUAGCUGUCAACAUUUUCCUUUUUUUAAGGGAAAUUCCCUUAUUCCAAAUAGGAUUCCUCGCAAGAAAAGGGAAAAGUUGGCAGCUAUGCUGAUGGUUGAUCCUGGACUUUAAAUCACAGAACCUUAGGAGUUGGAAGGGGGAUCAGACAAAGUUUAAAAAAGGGGAGUGGUUUUUUAUGUCAAAGAAAAAUGGAACCCUAAGUUGUUGUUUAAGGAUGAGGAAGGAAGAUACAUUGCCGUGGAAAUUACAGCACAAGGCGAUAAAUAUCUUUUAUUGGGAAUUUAUGCACCAAAUGAUGGGAAAGUAGAAUUUUUCAGAAAUUUGGAUUCUAAACUUAAUGACUACGUGGAAUACAAAAUAAUAUUAAUGGGAGAUUUGAAUGGAGUAGUCUCCACAUUUACGGAUAAAUCACAAGAGCAGAAAGUGCAAAAUGCAGCCAGACUUCCAAAAUUGUUUUUUGAUAUGGUAGACAAAUAUGACCUGUCAGAUAUAUGAAGACUACCUUAAUAGUUGGAAGGGGGACCUCAGGCAACAUCUAGUCGAACCCCCUGCAAGGCAGGAACAUUAUUGAGCCAUGCUAUGCGGACUUUUUUGGGAAGGGGGAGGGGAUGGCAACUUGAAGCAUCAAUCUGGAGAACCGAAUUCUUUUUUAAAAAGAGGGAGAGAAACCGGCACGUUUUCAUUUGCGCUUUGGUACUGGGGAGUCGGCUGCCUUUCAGAGCUCCCUGCUUCUCCCAGUGGCAAAAUGCGCCUGAUUCUGGGGUGGAGCGAUGGGUAAUUCAGGCACUCGGGAGAGAAAAAGGAGCUGGAACAACAGCAGGAGAAGGAGGAGGAGGGCAGGAUUUGGGAGGGGUGCGUCUCUUGGGGCGAAGCUCUUGGAGCAGAUCAGGGAGAACAGGCUAUAUGUGUGUGUGUCUUCACGUAUGUGUGCGUUUCAGAGAGAGAGAGAGAUCGGAUCAGCCAGCUCAGCGCUGAGGAAUUCUAGGAAGGUGCCACGGAAAUCUUGGCUUUCGAACCUUCCUUGCUUCCGGAGGCCUGGGCGAAAAGCUUUGGGGACAUUCCUCCCCGCUCCCCUUAUAUUCCGGAAGGCAGCAGCUGGAAGGCAGUAACGUCAACAGCUGCCUUUGCACCGAAUCCAUCUAGCGCAGUAUUUCUGGCACUGGCUGGCAGCAGCUCUCCAAAGGGGAGAUAUUUCCACAGCAGCCCUGAGAUGGAGUUGCCGGGGUUUCCUAGAUGACUUGCAGAGUUAGAAGGGGCCUUGAGAAUCAUCUAGUUCAGGCACGUCCAAAAUCCGCCUUUGAUUGAUUUAAUCCGGUCCCUGUGGCAGUAUAUGUCCUGGUGUAAAAUCCUAACUAUAUGUGUGUGUGUGUGUGUGUGUGUGUGUGUGUGGUGGUGUUGUUGUUGUUGUUUAGUCGUUUAGUCGUGUCCAACUCUUCGUGACCCCAUGGACCAGAGCACGCCAGGCCCUCGUGUCUUCCACUGCCUCCCGCCGUUUGGUCAAACUCAUGCUGGUAGCUUCGAGAACACUGUCCCACCAUCUCGCCCUCUGUCGUCCCCUUCUCCUCGUGCCCUCCAUCUUUCCCAACAUCAGGGUCUUUUCCAGGGAGUCUUCUCUUCUCCUGAGGUGGCCAAAGUCUUGGAGCCUCAGCUUCAGGAUCUGUCCUUCCAGUCAGCACUCUAAUUGGAGAACAGCAACCUUGGCCUUGUCUGAGCUAUCCGAGGCCUUCCUGCAUUUGAAGCCAGUGCUCUGCUCGCUGAGCUGUGUGGCCUUUGCUCUCAUAAAAUAAAGCAAGCUUCCAGUCCUCAUGACUCUGCAUGGAACUGAUUUCAGGAGGAGCCUAGGAAGUGGCCCAGGCAGACCCUCGGCCCGUCUCGCUCAGGAGCUGCCUGCCUGGAGAUGUUGGAGGCUGAGCCAAACUGCGUGGCUUGUCACCCAGGGUUAGCCCUUCCCUUCCAAAUAAACCAAGGAGGCAGUCCUCAUGGUUCUAGAUAGAAGGUAAAAGGUAAAGGGACCCCUGACCAUUAGGUCCAGUCGUGACCGACUCUGGGGUUGCGGCGCUCAUCUCGCUUUAUUGGCCGAGGGAGCCGGCGUACAGCUUCCGGGUCAUGUGGCCAACAGGACUAAGCCGCUUCUGGCGAACCAGAGCAGCACAUGGAAACGCUGCUUACCUUCCUGCUGGAGCAGUACCUGUUUAUCUACUUGUACUCAGACGUGCUUUCGAACUGCUAGGUUGGCAGGAGCAGGGACCGAGCAACGGGAGCUCACCCCGUCACGGGGAUUCGAACCGCCGACCUUCUGAUUGGCAAGCCAGGAACUUAGAAAACUGCCUUGUAUACCCAGUCCGCCCAUCAGCCUCUCCAGAUUGCGGCUGCCUACUCUAACAGGCAGUUACUCUCCAGGGUUUAAGGCAGGGGAGCCUACCUGCAGAGGCCGGGAUCCGAACCUGGGACCGUUUGCAUUCAAAGCAGGCACUCUGUAGCUACCAAGACACAGCCAUGCUUCCGGCAGGUGCCAGGAACCAUGCAAAGUGAGAGCCCCACUUACGGGGGUUUUUGGAGGUGCCUGGUUGGGCGCUGUAAGAAGGCGGCCCCCAGGACUCCCUGCCUGGCCCUCGGGGUUCCACACUGCCCCCCACAGGUGCUUUUGCCUGGCUGGAAUUUGCCCCUGAACUUAGGCAACGCCUCUUGCAUUCCUGGGAGGAGGAGACCCCCCGCAGAUGCUCGAUUACUGUACAAAAUGUUGGGCGGUCUGUGUGUUGCUCCGCCGACUUCUGCCUCUCUUGCCCCACUGGGUCCCUGGAGAUUUCACAUAAAGGGUUUCCCCUGCUUUCAAGGGGAGUUUUUCUCCCCGGCCACCUUGAUCUCCCCUGAGGCAAAUGUCCUCUGCCUGUCUGAACCCUGGAAUGGUAAGUCCCUGAUAUAACAUCCUAGAUUUCAGGGACCGUCCUGUUUCCCUUUGUGCAAAACACAGCUGGAUCUUCCUUCCGCUUCUGGGAGACGUAGCUUGGAAGAAAAGGAAGGAGUUUAUUGCUCUCGCCUUUCCAUCCUUUCGGAUCUUCUCUUCCAGAUUUCAGAAGCUGGUUCAGGAAACCUAGAAUCCCUCCCCGACUGUCUGCUCUCGUGGGACAUUUCAGAGAGAGAAUUUGCAAAGAAGACAUUUUGCAGGGGGUGGACUAGAUAACUCUUCGGGUCCCUUCAGGAUCUGUGAUUGUGAUGGGUUUGGGGAGGGCUUUUUCUGUUGUGUGUGUGUGUGUGUGUGUGUGUGUGCUUCGAAGUGUUUCUGAAGCAGCCGCCUGUGUUGCAUUUUAGAAACCUCUCCUUGACAAUAUAUUCCGAAAUGUCCUUCCUUUGAACGUGAUUUUCCGCCAUAAAAAAAAACCCAAGCAGCUCGGUGGUUGUUUAAUUUUGCAUUUUUAAAAGCUUUCUUGUAGAUUGCUUUUGGAUUUUUAAGCGGGAGCCGACUUCCAGAUUUAAUAAACCUCACCGUGAUGGAUUUAUACUAAGAGCUGGGUGGUUCUGACCCAAUCUCGUUUUACUAGUAUUGAGCUGCCUUGGGUAUCAGCAACCUGCGUUGAUCUGAACUGCUUGUGUCUUGUCAGAUUGGUGGGGUGUAAAUAAAAUAAUAAUAAUAAUAAUAAUAAUAAUAAUAAUUUUAUAAAACUUAUGCUCCACUUGAUUGUAAAAGAAAGAAAAGAAACAACUACUUGAAAGAAGCUUACAAAAGAAGUUGAAACAAUAAAAUUAUCCAUAAGAAAGACUAACAAUAAUAGAAGACUUUCAAAAGUUAAAAUAUCAAGAGACUAAAAACUGAUUGAAACUCAUAUCAACUUUCUAAACAUCUGGGUAGGCUUGUCUAAAUAAGAAUGUUUUCAGUCGGCUCCAAAAAGAGCACAGAGAAGGCGCCUGCCGGAUAUUCAAGUGGCAGGGAGUUCCAAAGUUCAGGUGCUGCCACACUAAAAGACUAGAGUUCUUACAACUGUGGAACGGGUUAGGGUUUUAGAUACCCAAGUAGUUAGAAUUGAGCUUUCCUUGAUACAGAACUUUAAGAAGAAAAUAACCGCAAAAUUCAAAGGUGUCUGUUUUUUUAAUGAACGGCUUGUCUUCAUGGGAUUUAGGCAUUGUAAGGUCCCUUCCCAGCGCCCUUAACUGGCCUUUCCUGAGGCCUGUGGAGAAAGCACAGCUAUUUAUAAAGGCGGAUUAUUAGCCGAGAGCCGAUUUGCUCCGUCUUAACAGAGCCCCUUUCCCCACUUUCGACUCUCUGGCUUUGCGGGAAAGAAAUUAGCUCAGAGAAAGGAGUUUACUCGGAUUUGAGGUGGGGGGGAGGGAGAAAGGAGAUAAACGCACUCCCCAGAAAUGUUCCCUCAGGUGAGAGAUUUAGAUUUUCUGUUGACGUGCGUCAGGCAGGGUUUUCGUUUGAGUUUUUAAGUAAGGACGAAGCCGUCUUGCAAGGUUUUGCUCCCAGGAUAUGCUUCUGCGUUUAGGCUUUUCAGGGGCUGAGUUAAUGUAUUGUGCAGAAGCCCCUCCCCUCACAGGCAGAGUCCCCGCCCCUUGAGCUGAAGCCACACCCCCUCCAAAGAGGGCGGGGCUUAACGAGCAGCUCCUUAAAGUUGCCAACGUUCUGCAGCCAAAAAAAAGGAAGUAAAGGGACAGAGUUAUGCAAAAAAGUUGGGAUGCGAGGACAGGGUGGUAGAGCUAUAGGGCUCUUCUGAUAUCCUUAUGGAGCCUCCAUGUUCAAAGGCAGUCUAUCCAUAAGCUUAGGGUCAUUGGGCCCCUGCAAGAACGAGAUGCUGGACUCAGUGGGCCUAGGGUUGCCAUAUUUCAAAUAGUGAAAACAGGCAAACUACUGCCAGUGUCCUGGAAGAAGCAAAGAUCGCCAGUGUUGAAGCAAUGAUUCUUCAACGUCAAUUUCGUUGGACUGGUCAUGUUAUGAGGAGGCCUGAUGAUCGUCUCUUAAAGCAACUGCUCUAUUCUGAACUUAAAAAUGGAAAGCGUAAUGCUGGUGGUCCACAAAAGAGGUUUAAAGACUCUCUCAAGGCAAAUAUGAAAAAAUGUAGUAUAAACACCAACAACUGGGAAACACUGGCCUGCGAGUGCUCCAGUUGGAGAACAGCCUUUCCCAAAGGUGUCAUGGGCUUUGAAGACACUCGAACUCAGGACGCAAGGGAGAAACGUGCUAAGAGGAAGGCACGCUUGGCAAAUCCACACCGUGAUCAACUCCCGCCUGGAAACCAAUGUCCCCACUGUGGAAGGAAGUGGGGAUCCAGAAUUGGCCUCCACAGUCACUUACGGACUCAUUGUUAAAACCGUGUUUAUGGAAGACAAUCUUACUCGGCUACGAGGGAUCGUUGAAGAAGAAGAAACUGGACUAGAGUGGCCUAGGCUUCCAUAUUUCAAACAGUGAAAAUCCGGACAUAAAAGUUGUUGAGCUUUGGCUAAGUUGGGGGGCAAAAUCUCCCCAAAAAGAGAAGUUUUUGAGCUAUUCUUUCAGGUAGUCCGACGAAACCUACACAUCCAACAUGGGUUGCCAUACGUCCGGAUUUCCCCCGACAUUUAAGCGGGGAUUUUCCCUGGACACUGUUUUCAGUUCCAGGCAUAUGGCAGCCCUAGAUGGGCCACCUUUGCCUCACCCAGCAACCCAGCUCUUCUGACGGGAACAUGGCGUUGUGAGUUGUCGUCCCAACCCAGAGUCCACCUUUGGGACUGGCUUGAGCUGCCGGCUGCCUCUGGAACUCCUUGCCCCGUGUUGUGCACAGAAGCGCGCCCCGAAAAUUCCCGGAAGCGCCACUGGGUCCACGUGCCCGGGCGCCUACUUGGGCGACGGCCUCUCCGACAACAGCUGGCCGAGCACCCGAAGGCGGAUCACCUAAUUGUCGCCUGCUGAGUGCCCGGGGGCCGUAGCCAGGAUGAAGUAAGCAGAUCUGGCAGGGUGCGUGACUUGGGCGGAGGCGCAUGCCUCGCAUCGGGGCGUUACAUAAUCUCCUUGCACAGGGGAGGGCGUGCCGCCUGGCGUUGGCACACCUGGGCGCGUCCGUGCCAAAGCCCAAACCGUCUCCACGGAUGGAAUGUGUUUGUGUGUGUGUGAUGCCCUUGUUGUGAGCUGCGGGUGGGGCGAUAGAUUGCCGCAAUGCUCUCUACGUGGGGCUUCCCCCGCGCCCGAUCUGAGAAGCUGCAGCUGGCGCAGAAUGUUGCAGCGCAAUUGCUGGCGGGUGUGAGGCCGGGUUUGCGUAUCUCACCUGCGCUCCGAGGUCUGCGCUGGUUCCCAGUUUGUUACUGGGCCAGGUACUAUUAGACCAAGCUUCUUCAAACACAGCCCUCCAGAUGUUUGUUUGUUUUUCAAAAAGGUUUAUUAAUUUUCCGCAUUUCUAACAAAUAUAGGGAUGCGGGUGGCGCUGUGGGUUAAACCACAGAGCCUAGGACUUGCCAAUCAGAAGAUCGGCGGUUUGAAUCUCUGCGAGGGGGUGAGCUCCCGUUGCUCAGUCCCUGCUCCUGCCAACCUAGCAGUUCGAAAGCAUGUCAAAGUGCAAGUAGAUAAAUAGGUACCACUCCAGCGGGAAGGUAAACGGUGUUUCCGUGCGCUGCUCUGGUUCGCCAGAAGCGGUUUAGUCCUGUUGGCCACAUGACCCGGAAGCUGUACGCCGGCUCCUUCGGCCAAUAAAGCGAGAUGAGCGCCGCAACCCCAGAGUCGGCCAUGACUGGACCUAAUGGUCAGGGGUCCCUUUAUAUAUUUAUGUUCUAUUUAUAACAAAUAAAACAUAUAAAAGACACAAAACAGAACACAUCACAAUACUAAAAAUAAAAAACAAAAACACUUAUUACUUCUAAAAUCCAAAUUAACUUUCUUUGUUAUCUGACUUCCUCAAAUGCCCCCUAACUGAAUUUCAUUGUGACACCUUUGUGACAGUUCUCCAGGAUUAUCUUUCUAAUACAAUUAACUCUUUCCAUUUACUAUCUUCAUCUCUUUUCUUACUAGUUGAAAUCCAUAUUACUAUACAACAUUCUUAUUCUAAUCCUAGACCUGUUUGGUACUUUCAAGUACCUUCUAAUUAUCCAGCCCUCCAGAUGUUUUGAGGCUACAAUUCCCAUCAUCCCUGACCACUGGUCCUGCUAGCUAGGGAUCAUGGGAGUUGUAGGCCAAAAACAUCUGGCGGGCCGAGGUUGAGGAAGCCUGUAUUAGACUAUAAAGCCCUCGACAGCUUGGGACCUACGAGAUUGCCUCACCCCAUAAACACCCACUCGACUCCUUCAGUCAGUUGAAUUGGCAUGCCCUCAGGUCUCACGUAAUGCCUGUUCCAUAUUUGAAAGAAAUGGAUCUUUUAACGUGGCUGCACUUUGGAACUCCCUGCCAAUUGAUACCAAGCAGUUGUUUUUGUUGUAUUCCUUUCAGCGCCUGCUAAAAACAUCCUUGUUUAGGCAAGCCUACCCAGAGGCUUGGAAAUGCUGGUGGGAAUUUUAAUCUCCUGCAGUAUAUUGAUUUUUUUGUAUGUUUUAAAGCAGGCAGCCCCAAACUUAGCCCUCCAGAUGCUUCGGGACUACAAUUCCCAUCAUCCCUGACCACUGGUCCUAUUAGCUAGGGAUGUUGGGAGUUGUAGUCCCAAAAUAUCUGGAGGGACGAGUUUGGGGCUGCCUGUUUCAAAGGAUUGUAAUAUGUGUCUUGAAAGUCUAGGAAAUUGGCAAGAGUUUAAAUCUGUGUUCGGUCUGUUAUUGCUUUAACCUUUCCGACAUCUUAAAUUGUUUUCCUUGGUGAUAAUUUUACCUCUUUUUGAGGGGUUUCCCUUUCUCCAAACUAGCAGUGUAUAGGGUAAAGGUACCCCUGCCCGUACGGGCCAGUCGUGUCCGACUCUAGGGUUGUGCGCCCAUCUCACUUAAGAGGCCGGGGGCCAGCGCUGUCCGGAGACACUUCCGGGUCACGUGGCCAGCGUGACGAAGCUGCUCUGGCGAGCCGGCACCAGCGCAGCGCACGGAAACGCCGUUUACCUUCCCGCUAGAAAGUGGUACCUAUUUAUCUACUUGCACUUAAGCGUGCUUUCGAACUGCUAGGUGGGCAGGAGCUGGGACCGAAAGACGGGAGCUCACCCCACCGCGGGGAUUCGAACCGCCGACCAUGCGAUCGGCAAGCCCUAGGCGCUGAGGUUUUACCCACAGCGCCACCCACGUCCCUCACCCGCAUCCCUAGCAGUGUAUAAAUAUAUAUAAUAAAAAUAAGGUAAGAGCAUUGGACUGCAACCUGACAGUCCAGGGUUCGAAUCCUUGCUCAUCCACAUGCAGCGCACUGGGUGUUAACUUGGGCCAGUCAUUGCUUCUUGGCUUAACCUACCUCACAGGGUUGCUGUGAGGAUAAAAGGGGGAGUUGGAGGAACCACGUGUCCCCCCUUGAGUGCCUUUCUUCUAGGAAAAGUGAUAUAUAAAUUCAAUAAAGAAAUAACACACACACACCAGCCACAGAAGGCAGAAUAUUCAGUUGCACCAGAUCCAGCGAAUCUGGAUGUUGGAAGAGUCAGGAAGAUUCAGGGUCGAUGUUGCUGGACUACAACUCCCAUCAUCCUUGACCAUUGGCCAUGCUGGCAGGGCCUGAUGGGAGUUGGAGUCCAGCCACCUGCUUCUGUACUGACUGCCGGUUGGUCAGAGUGCUUGUGGAACAUUCCAUGAGGUCACAUCAGCUCAGCCAAUGGGAAGGAGAGAACAGAAGCUUCCAGCACCUGGAGUACAAGACAGGUUCCCUUAGUCCUUAGCUGGAAGGGUUUCCAGGCCAAUGGGGUGAUGUUUCUCUGCCUAUCAAAGGAGCAUCUAUAGGUCUCCGAGCCACUGAUUUUUACAGUGGUACCUUGGUUCUCAAACUUAAUCCUUUCCGGAAGUCCAUUCCAAAACCAAAGCAUUCCAAAACCAAGGCCCGCUUUCCCAAAGAAAGUAAUGCAAAAUAGAUUAAUCCAUUCCAGACUUUUAAAAACAACCCCCAAAAUGGCAAUUUAACAUGAAUUUUACUAUCUAAUGAGAAUAUUGAUCCAUAAAAUGAAAGCAAUAAACAAUGUACUGCAGUCACACAAUCAAUCGAUCGAUCAGUAGCUGAACUGGGUUCCACACAGUCACAAAAACAAAAGAAAAAGAGCCACAAAAACGCAAAAUAAAUCGCAAAAACAGACAGACCUCAGCGUAACACUCAAAACGGAAGUGCGGCACUCAAAACGGAGCACAUUCGACUUCCGGAAAAAGUUCGCAAACCGGAACACUUACAGUGGACGCUCGGGUUGCGAACAUGAUCUGUGCGUGAUCUGGGCUAUGUACCCAUGAUCUGAACAUGCAAGUUCGCAACCCGCAGCGCCGCGUCUGCACACGCGCAGGUAACGAUUUGGCGCUUCUGCGCAUGCGCAAAGCGCAAUUUAGUGCUUCUGUGCAUGUGCGAGCACCGAAACCCAGAAGUAACCUGUUCCGGUACUUCCAGGUUUCAGCGCACCCAUAACCCGAAAACGCGCAACCUGAAGCGGCUGUAACCCAAGGUAUGACUGUACUUUCGGGUUUGCAGUGUUUGGGUUCCAAGGCGUUUGAGAACCAAGGCACCCCUGUACUUAUUUUUACGUGGAGGGAGAACAGCAAAUAAAGUUUCUGGAAGGAAGGAGCGUUGAAGGAAGUGGAAACUUUUAGAAGAGGAGGGGAAAUAAAACGGGAAUUAGGGGGAGAGGAAGGGGAAAACCCCAUGGAAUGAUUUCUGCGUCCCCACGAAAUCCUGAUGUGGUAACUCCAGGAAACUCCAAACCUGGGAGCGGGGAGAUGGGUGGGGUGGUUGCAUCUGUUUGGGAAUCUCUGUAUCGCUUCGGGGCGAGGGGGGAAAUACUAGGAAUAUUCCCGAUUCCUGCCCGCCCUCGCCUCAAUAAAUUCCACAAAAUGUCCUGCUUUGUUUCUGGAUGUAUUCAGAACAUAAUAAUAAUAGAUUUUUAUUUAUACCCUGCCCUUCCCGGUUCAGAAAACCGGGCUCAGGGCAGCUAACAACAAAUUUAAAACACUUAAUUGAUGCAACAAAAAAGCAGCAUAAAUACAGUAUAAAACGUGAAUAAUAAAUUCAGAAUUCAAAAACCAAUUUAGAGGGGGAAAUCCAUCCAAUAAACAUUAGAUGGUACCAGGGCUAAAUGAGUCCUAUUUGGGCCAGCGAGGAGACCAGGGGAGAAUUAGCUGUGGGAUCCCAGAGCGGGUGGUCUUCAUAAAAAGGGGAGGGGGAGGGAAGGAAGGGGAAUAAAAGAUCAGGCUGAAUUCAAAUUAAAGGCCAGGCGGAAUAGCUCUGUCUUACAGGCCCGACGGAAGGAGGUUCAAUCCUGCAGGGCCCUGGUCUCCUAGGACAGAGCAUUCACCAGGUUGGAGCCACCACUGAGAAGGCCCUGGCCGUGGUUGAGGAUAAUCUAACUUCCUUAGGGCCUUAGGGAGGAGGUGGCUCUUACGGCACGGUUUGCUUUGGAAAAGAGGGGAAAUACAAUGCAGAGGGAGAGCAGACUCCCCCCAGGCUUUGGGAAAGGGUUUGGGGCUGUGUGCGGGGUGCUCAAGGCCAUGUGCAGAGUGCUGCCCCCACCAGGAGAGGACAGCAUAAUCCGGGAGCAAAAGCAGAACACAUUACAAGGAAAGUAUGACACCCCUGGAAAUUAACUAGAUGGCUGAACUUUACCUUGGAGGCAAAGAAAAUCCUCUUCUAAAAAGAAUUUUUUUUUGGCAAUUUGUAAGAGCAAAGUAGCAAUGGGGGAGGAAUUAUUAUUAUUAUUAUUAUUAUUAUUAUUAUUAUUAUUUGUGCCCUACUAUGAGUGGCUUCCAGCAGAUACAAAAACAUUAGACAUAAAAAACUGCUUUCAGAUGUUUUCUAUAGGAGCUUAACCCUUCCCCUGCCGAGUGGUUUUCUGCAGCAAACUUGUCCCAGCCCCAUUCGUUUCUCCCUUCAGCAAGUGGCAAAGAGGGCUAAGGGAUUUCUGAUGGAGAAGUCUGACCGGAGAGGGUCCCCCGCCCAGUUGUGUCCCGUCCUGUCCAGCCCCUUUGCAACUCUACUCCCCAAGCUCCUUUCUCCCUUGCAAGCAGGAAUGGCGCCAUGCGAGUCAACCUAGCCGGGCAUCAGUCAUGGGCCCACAUCUCCCGUCUCCCUGGACCUGUCCCUCCUCUCCAACAUGGCGACCUGCUUGCUUCCUCACCCGCCUCUCGCUCUGGCCCAAACAGUGGUGGUGGGGGAGAGGAAGAUGGAGUAGUAGAUGCCAUGUCUAUUUCUUCAGCGGCUGCUUGCCUUCCAAGAAAAUGGGUACAUAGCCAAGAGGAGGAGCUGGUGAUGGUGGCAGGAAGCAGGAACACUCACCUAGGGAAGGGGGCUUGCGGGUGGGGGUCUUGCUCAAGAGAUUCCCAAACCUGGAACAGACAAUGUCUCUGGGGCUCAAAAAAGAGCGUGAAGAGGAGCUCAGGGGAGGGUUGCGACGGAAAAGCGACAGGCGGGGAGAGGGUUAAGCAGGCUUCUCCCUGCUGCUUCUCUAGUCUAGAUCACCCCAAGCUGCUUUUCCUCCUACAAUUACAGUGGUAUCUCGGGAUUGGAAAGGGAUCCGUUCCGGAGCCCUGUUCGCAUCCAGAAGCAAAUGUAAAUAGAGACGGCACGUCUGCGCAUGCACACGUUGCUUUUUGCUGCUUCUGCGCAUGCACGUGACGUCAUUUUGAGCGUCUGCGCAUGCGCGAGCGGCAAAACCCGGAAGUAAGGCUCUCUGUUACUUCCGGGUUGCCACGGAGCGCAACUUGAACGUGCUCAACAUUAAGCAUAUUCAACCCGAGGUAGGACUGUACAGUGGACCCUCCGGAUAUGAAUUAAAUUCCUUCCAGGGGUCCGUACUUAACCUGAAAAGUCCGUAACUGGAGGUGCCGCUUCUGCACACAUGCGCGGCAUGAUAGAGCACUUCUGUGCAUGCAUGCGUGGUGAAACCCAGAAGUACAGUGGUACCUCUGGAUGUGAACGGGAUCCAUUCCGGAGCCCCGUUCGCAUCCUGAGUAGAACGUAACAAGUGACUGUGCUUCUGCGCAUGCGCCGUUUCGCCGCUUCCACGCAUGCUUGACAUUAUUUUGAACAUCUGCACAUGCGCGAGCGGCAAAACCCGGAAGUAACCCGUUCCGUUAUUUCUGGGUCGCUGUGGAGCGUAACCUGAAAACGCUCAACCUGAAGCAUAUUUAACCCAAGGUAUGACUGUAAAUAGCUACCGCUCCAGUGGGAAGGUAAACGGCGUUUCCGUGCACUGCUCUGGUUCGCCAGAAGCGGCUUAGUCCUGCUGGCCACAUGACCCAGAAGCUGUACACCGGCUCCCUCGGCCUAUAAAGCGAGAUGAGUGCCACAACCCCAGAGUCGGUCACGACUGGACCUAACAGUCAGGGGUCCCUUUACCUUUACCUAUGACUGUAUACACUUCCGGGUUUGCUGCGUUCGCAACCUGAAAGUUGUGUAUCCAGAGGGGUAUGUAACUCGAGGGUCCACUGUAUCAACUGUCCUGGCGGAAUGCUCUGUCCCAUGAGACCAUGUUUCUGCCUUCCCCUCCUCUUUUAUGAAGAUCUGAGACCCCACAGUUAAUUCUCCCCUGACCUCCUCACUGGCCCAAGUAGGACCAAUUCAGCCAGCUAGCCCUGGGGAUUAUGUAAUUGAUAUUUUUGAUUUUUGAAUUGUUAUUGUUAUUCAUGUUUUUAUACUGUAUUUUAUGCUGCUUUUAUAAUUAAGUGUUUCAAAUUUGUUGUUAGCCGCCCUGAGCCCGGUUUUUGAACCAAGAAGGGCGGGGUAUAAAUUAAAAAAUAUAUAUUUUUAUUAUUAUUAUUCCCCUCUGCCGACUCUCCCAAAUUUAGCGCAGGUUUACGGGUGCCUAUCCCUCCCAUCCCUCCUCGCUUCCAAAUGUAUAAAUGGAAACUGCUGCUCCACUCCAGAACCGGCCACAGGUCCGUGCCAGGCGAUCGAUUCCCGUUUGCCCCACCUGCCCCACUUCGGGGCCUGAGUCAGUGGCGUCUGUUGCCACGCUUGAGAGCUGGGUGUUUGGAGUGCUGCACUGUGAAACCCUUCUGGGGAGGGGAGAGAGAGAUUUGGAGAGGCGGUAGGGAGAGUGUGGUUGUUGUUUUUCUGUGCGUGAUUUUAAUAAGAAUAAUAAUGAUAAUUGAUUUAUACCCCGCCCUCCCCAGCCGAAGCUGGGCUCAGAGCGGCUAACAACAGUAAAAAUAACACAAUUUACACAAAAUCACAAUCAAUUAAUUGAAUUGCAUUCUAAAAUCAAUUCAUUCUAAAAUCAAUUCAGAGUCAGAUUAAUGGCAACCAUUGGGCUAGAGUUCUGUGAGGAUUGCCAAAGGAUGGGGUCAGACUGUGCCUUGGCCAAAGGCCUGGUGGAACAGCUCCAUCUUGCAGGCCCUGCGGAAAGAUGUCAAGUCCUGCAGGGCCCUAGUCUCUUGGGACAGAGCGUUCCGCCAGAUUGGGGCCACGGCCGAAAAAGCCCUGGCUCUGGUUGAGGCCACCCUAACCUCUCUGUGGCCUGGGACCUUCAGGAUGUUUUUGUUUGAAGACCGUAAGGUCCUCCGCGGGGCAUACCAGGAGAGGCGGUCCCAAAGGUCUGAGGGUCCUAGGCUGUAUAGGGCUUUAAAGGUCAAAACCAGCACCUUGAACCUGAUUCUGUACUCCACCGGGAGCCAGUGCAGCUGGUAUAGCACUGGGUGAAUGUGAUCCCGUGGCGAGGACCCCGUAAGGAGUCUUGCCGCAGCAUUCUGCACCCACUGGAGUUUCUGGGUCAGCUUCAAGGGCAGCCCCACAUAGAGCGAGUUGCAAUAAUUGAGUCGGGAGGUGACUGUUUCACAUAGCUGUCAACCUUCCCUUUUUUUGCAGGAAAUUCCCUUAUUCCAGCGCUGCUUCCAGCUGCUAUCCCAGAUUGUUAGAUAUCCCGUAGACUGUCCCUGGGACAGGUGAGGCUGCUGAUCCCUUCUUUUCAAAUCUGAAAGUUGACCGCUAUGCUGUUGCACGGAUCACAGGGGCUAGGUCCCUUAUCCUUGCCACCUCUUUUUGCAGCCGUUUCUCGACAGCCUCCCCCUUCUCCCUCUCCCCUUCCUGGCCUGUGCAGGGCUGCAAGCGGGGUGGAGAAGGCGAGAGGCACUCCCCAGCUGGCGUUGGCUCGGCUCGGCUUGCUGGAGAAGCUUCCACCCGCUGGGGCCUGGCUGCUUGCCAAGGCUUGGUAGCUGAGUUAUGUAACGGCCGGGUUCGCGUGAGGACAGCUCUCUCAUCUGCCUGCAGGCUCCCCUAGCGACCGGCUCACUUCCUUAUUUAAACCUCAUCCGUGGAAAGAGAGGGAGAGGGAUUUGGCGGAGGGGAAGGAACGGGGACUCGCUUUUCGCUCUCGGAUCCGUGCGGUUCCUCUUUUCCCCUCCCUCCCCUCCUCUCUUUCUGCUUUGAUUUUCCUUCCUCCGUUUCUUUCUAUUAAAUGAUUUCAAUAUACGACAACAACACUAUGCGGAUCAAUGCUUAAACCCAGAAGUUGGGUGUUUAGGCAGUGCGCAUAUUCUUCCCGUCUCCUCCUGCUUUGAUUUUCCUUCCUCCAUUUCUUUCUAUUAAAUUAUUUCAACAUGCAACAACACCGUGCAGAUCACUCCUCAAACCCAGACGUUGGGUGUUUAGGCAGUGCUUGCAAAAUGACCAUCUUCGCCCUCAGAUCUGUAGAGUUCCUUUUUUCCUCCUCCUCCUCUUCUUCCCGUCUCCUUCUGGUUUGAUUUUCCUCCCCACCCUCCCUCUCUAUAAAAUUAUUUCAACGUAUCGCAACAGCAUACGUUUAAAUAAUGGAAUAUCCCACCCCAGCCGGGACGUUUAGGCAAUACGUGCAAAAUAACACAGCAAGUUCUUGUCGCAGGCUGCUCUUUGUAGAGAAGGCAAAUCUUUAGCCGUUUUAUAACAUGAGAGGUUGUCCUUUAUUUUCAUUUUUCUUUUUUAAUCAUGUGCUUUAUAAAGCUCUGCCGUUCGGUUGCAAAAGAGUCUUCGUGCUUCGGCCUUGUGCCAAUCCUUUUUUUAUAUAUUUAAAUGUUUCCACAAGGGCUGUGUUUGCUAUACUUCGUGGUACCAGUUUGUCAGAGAAGGACCUUCGAAGUUCUGGCAGCGUUUUAGUUAUUAUGAAAGCUGGCUGCUAGGAGAAGAGAACUCCUCUCCACCCAAAAACUGAUGGAUUUUGCAGUUUCUUCAAAGAAAUCGAAGUUCAGGGGCAAAGGAAGCAAACAGAAACGAAAGGCAAACAAACCUUUGCUGUCUUUCUUAUGAAAAAUAAAAAGUUCAGAUGGGGAGAAACAGAAUGCUAGAACAUGCCAGAUGUGUUUAAUUUAUUUAUCUUACGAGAUGUGGCGAUAAAACCUCAAAGCGGUUGAUGGAAAGAAUAACAUGGUUAAAUUACAGUCAUACCUUGGAAGCCGAACGCCUUGGGAAUCGAACGUUUCGGCUCCCGAACGCCGCCAAUCGGUUGCAGCCAAUCGGAAGCCGCGCUUUGGUUUCCGAACGUUUUGGAAGUCAAACGGACCUCCGGAACGAAUUCCGCUCGGCUUCCGAGGUACGACUGUAUUGGCAAAAGAAACCCCAGUUCAAAGCAGCCGGCGGUGGUGUAGUGUUCAGAGAACCCUGGGAAAGACGCGGGUUCAAAUCCCGCUGGGUGUGCGACUUUGAACUCGCAGGGUUAUCGUGAGGAUAAAAGGGGGAGGAGGAUAAGUCCGUACACUGCCUGGAACUCCUCGGAGAAUUUUUUUUGGGGGGCGGAUCCUGUUUCAUUUCCAGUGGUUUCCCGGCCUGUAACCUGCUGAAAUCCUGUAUCUUUUUAUAUCACAAAUCUUCCAGUUUAAAUCUCUUGCGCUAGAGUGAAAGAGUGCCCCUUUUGGACAGCAAAAAUGUGUUGCUGUUGGGAAAACACCUCAGAACAACUAAGAAAUUAGAAAGAUGUGUGGACAGUCCAUUAUCUGUGUACAGUCGUACCUUGGAAGUCGAAUGGAGUCCGUUCCGGAAGUCCGUUUGACUUCCAAAACAUUUGGAAACCAAGCUGGACAUUUGGCUUCUGAAAAUAGUUUGCAAACCGGAACAGUUCAGGAGCCAAAACGUUCGGGAACUAAGCUGUUCGAAAACCAAAGUACAGUGGUACCUCGGGUUAAGUACUUAAUUGAUUCUGGAGGUCCGUUCUAAACCUGAAACUGUUCUUAACCUGAAGCACCGCUUUAGCUAAUGGGGCCUCCUGCUGCCACUGCGCCGCCAGAGCAUGAUUUCUGUUCUCAUCCUGAAGCAAAGUUCUUAACCUGAAGCACUAUUUCUGGAUUAGCAGAGUCUGUAACCUGAAGUGUAUGUAACCCGAGGUACCACUGUACAGCUGUACCACUAAUGCGCUGAGAUUGUGGCAAUGAGAUCUUACAGAAUACACUGGCAGAAGACCAACACCAGUUUGCAGUGACCCUAAGGUUUGAAAAGCGAGUUUCCCGUUCUCAUGGUUAUGACCAGAGGACUGGCUCGCUAUCCAUUCUACACUUGUGACUCGUAUUAUGGUUAUUGACCGUAAUUAAGGGAUUGAUUGAUUUUUUGACUAGAGGAGAGGAAGGGGUGUCUUUAAACAGUCUGGGUUUUUGUGCGACUGUGCUGUUGUUUUUCAGAUCUUUUUAAACCGCUGCCCCACAGGCAGAAAAUUGGGAUAAAUAAAUACAAAGGAAAAGGUCCAAAGGAUGCAGGAAUUGCAUUCCCACCCCUGUCAGUCCUGCGUCUCUCUCCCCCCCCAGCCAGCCGCCGCUGCAAAACGCCCCUGAGACUUCGGUGGGUCCUGUCCUUGCAAAGCGGUCACAAGGACUAGAACCACGGAGGCCUCUGCUUCUUUUCUGAAAAUGAAACCUGGCUAAGUUUCUCAGGAAGGCUAGUUCUGUGCCAGAUCGCGGGUGCAUGAUGUCCUGCUCCCCCAGUUUUUUAUUAAAAUUUUUAUAUUAUUAUUUGUAUGGGCCUACGGCCGUAAUAAAUUAUUAUUAUUAUUAUUAUUAUUAUAUUAUUAUUAUUAUUAUUAAGGCCGCAGAGAGGUUAGGGUGGCCUCAACCAGAGCCAGGGCUUUUCGGCUGUGGCUCCGAUCUGGUGGAAGGCUCUGUCCCAAGAGACCAGGGCCCUGCGGGACUUGACAUCUUUCCGCAGGGCCUGCAAGACAGAGCUGUUCCACCAGGCCUUUGGUCAGGGCACAGCCUGACUCCCUCCAUUGGUAAUCCUCACAGAACUCUAGCCCAAUGGUUGCCAUCAAUUUGAUUUGAAUUAAUUUUAUAAUGGAAUGAUUUUAGAAUGUUGUAUUAUUUUAUUGUUGUUAGCCACCCUGAGCCUGGCUUCGGCUGGGGAGGGCGGGAUAUAAAUAAAAAUAUAUUAUUAUUAUUAUUAUUAUUCUGUUUGCGGAAUAGCUCUGCACCCUUAAGGACUAGCGACUUGCUCAAAAAAAUAAAAUAAAGUGGGAGAGCUGAGUUUCUCGGAGGCUGAGUGGGGUGGGAGAGUGGUGCUCCUGUUUUGCAAUGUGCAGAGUGCAUCCUGGCCCAAUUAUAAAUAGACCCAGAGAUAAAGGAGUGAAGAUGAAGAACAGAAAGGGUAAAGCGGCUUAGACGUGGCUUAGCUACCGCAGAGGAUCUUCCAAUUAGCUCAUCAACGGUACGGGGAUUUCACUGCCACACGUACGCAGCGCGGCUUUGAAAGAAAGGGCGGCCGAAGUGAUCGAGGGGUUGCAGCCAGCCCCCUAUAGGGAAUAGCGACAACCUUCGGGGCAGCUUAGUCGUGGGGCACCUUUGUCCCCACCCCCAGUUGCUGCAGGACUCCCAAGUCCCAUUGUCCUUGUUGACAGUGGUGAUCUGCAGGCCUGAUGGGAGUUGGAGUCCGGCAGCCUCUGGCAGUCCACAGGUGUUCGCCACUGAUGGAGUUAAGAAAAGGUGAGUAACGUGGAAGAGGUGUACAAAACCGUGGAAAGCGAUUGCAAGAAUUGCAAGGACAGACUUUUUCAGAGCGGGGCAUAACAGAUACUGUAUUUUUUGCUCCAUGAGACACACUUUUUCCUGCCUAAAAAGUAAGGGGAAAUGUGUGUGCAUCUUAUGGAGCGAAUGCAGGCAGGAGGCAGGCGGGAAAAGCCUGCAAGAGCCGCACACACGCUCCACGCGGCUCGUGAAAGGGAGCGCUGAGCAGAGCCUGGGAUGCAUAUAGGCUCUGCUCAGCACUCCCUUUAAAAAUAUUUUUUUUCUUGAAUUCCCCCUCUAAAAACUAGGUGCGUCUUAUGGAGCAAAAAAUACGGUAAUCUGCGGAACUCCCUGCUGCUGCCUGGAUGGCUUUGAAAGAGGAUUAUUUGUUAGAUUUCUGUACCGCCCUUCGUCAGAAGCAGAGAGUGGCUACUAGCCACAAUGGCUAUGUUUUCCUCCACGGUCGGAGGCAGUGCAACUCAAAAGAGUACCAGUUGUUGGGAGUCGCAAUAAGGAGCGUUGCUGCUCCCCUCGGGUUCUGCUUGCGAGCUUCCCUUGAGCUCUUCUAAAGUUCUCUUGAACCUCCAGGUUCAAGGGCAGUCUAUCUAGAUUCCGAGAGCCAGGUGGCUGGACUACACGGACUUUUACAAUUUGAAUUCCAGUUUUCCCUGUGAACUAUAAUAAACGGCUUCGCCCCAGUAUACCUGAAGGAGCGUCUCCACCCCCAUCGUGCCCAUCUUGUACAUUAUAGUUUAUUGCAUUGCAGUACGGAGUCUGCGGAUGACCUGGGGCCGGUCUUGCUCUCUCAACCUGGCCUGCCUCACAGGGUGGUUGUUAGGAUGCGGCGGAAAAGGGGGCGAAUUCUGUACACCACCCUGAGCUCCUUGGAGGAAAAGCCGGGGUGCAAACGUUGUGGAAGUAGCAAAAAUAAUUAAUAAUCCAUACCCUUCCAGCUCUGCGAUUCUGUGAUUCUGUGAAUAGUAAAUCUUAAAACUGGAAUUCAAAUUGUAAUGCAAUAUAAUAAAUAAUAAAUAAAAGGAGCAAUAAGGAAUGCAAUUGAAAAAUCACACCACGUAUAGCACAGAGAAUUAAAAUUCCUGCACCUGGCAGGAAAAUUAUUUAACUGAUCCAGCAAAACUCUCAACAAUUUUCAAUUGGUCUGUGCCGGGGGGUGGGGGAGCGUUUGAGAACCGUUGCUCCAAUGCGAAGGACAAAGCGUGUUGCAGCGAAACUCCAGGGUUUUAUCAAAAAGCAAUUGAUCGGUUUGAUUCUCUCGAUCGAAGAAGUUACUUUAACUCUCCUCACCACCAGGUUGUUUGGGCGCUCCCUCUUGUGGCCAAAGUGCAAAACUGCAACACUUUUUGAGAAUGUUUACUGUCAAAUAGAAAUCCAGAUGUUUGCUGGGAAUUCAUCCUGAUUUGCUUGAGGGGUGUCAGACAGCUUCCCAUUAGGGAUGGGAGGAAAAAUUGAUUCAGUUUGCAUUUAACAUCGAAUUUAUGAAAUUUGCAAAUUUCAGAAACGGUAUAACCUCAAAGCAGACAUCCGCUGAAAUUCGUGCUAAUCUGAAUUUUGCAGUGGAGUUCUUCGGUCAGAGUUUGCAAAAAUGCACGCAUGGGGGGUGAAAGGAAUAUAACUGUGAGGAUAACAUUUUAAAAAUGCCUUGUAUUAGUGGGAAGUUCAUAAAACGAAUACGUCUGUGGAAAUAAUAGGGGGGAAUGCAUUGUAUUAGGAGAAAUUGCUUGCAAAAAUGUGUCCGUUUGUCAAGACAGUGUGUAAAAAUCUGUGCAUUGGGGGGAGAUUCGCACUAAAAUGCUGAAGAAUUUUCAUUAGGAUUUUUUAAGAAAAAGAAGUCACAAACUGAUUUGGGAAUGUGGAGAAGGGAAUUUAAAAAACUGCAACAACUGAAACAGACAAAUCCUACCAUCCCAACUUUCUGUUAAUCAGUUUCCCACCUCACACUUUUCGGGGCUAUGCCCUAAAAGGGAUUUGUUGUGCUAAGACAACAAAGCACUUGAACCCAAUCUGAAUUAUACCAUCCUAACUUUCCCAUCUGCCCUUAGAUCAGUGGAGGCUGCUCCCAUCUUGCAAACUAGUGGUUAUAUGGAGCCUAAGGUAAAGGUAAAGGGACCCCUGACCAUUAGGUCCAGUCGUGGCCGAUUCUGGGGUUGCGGCACUCAUCUCGCUUUAUUGGCCGAGGGAGCCGGCGUACAGCUUCCGGGUCAUGUGGCCAGCAUGACUAAGCCGCUUCUGGCGAACCAGAGCAGCUCACGGAAAUGCCAUUUACCUUCCCACCGGAGCGGUACCUAUUUAUCUACUUGCACUUUGACGUGCUUUCGAACUGCUAGGUGGGCAGGAGCAGGGACCGAGCAACGGGCGCUCACCCCGUCGCGGGGAUUCGAACCGCCGACCUUCUGAUCGGCAAGUCCUAGGCAAGUCCCACACCCGCGUCCCUAAUAUGGAGCCUAAAAAACUGGUAUUUUCUGCUCCCUGAAAAAGCAAUUUUGAUACAUCAAAAUACCAAACUCUUGACUUCCCUCUUCCACAGACCUCUGCCCUUUUCUGUCCUUACCUCUUGGUUUCUCGGCCACUUUGCCUCUUUGCUGCUACCCCCUAGCUCUGCUUCCUCCUUAAUAUCUGGGCACUGGACUUCACCUGACCAUGCCCCUCUCUCCCUCCUUUCCACCACCCCGUCUUGUUUCCCUUUGGCAAAGGUCUUUCCAGCCAAACUUUCCCAGUCGCUCUGAGCAGGUGGAGUGUUUGCUUUAAUUCCGUAGCCAACCUUUUCAUGGCUUGCCGAACAUUCCGUGACAUCACAGCAGCUUGACCAAUAGCAGGCCAGGGCUGCGGGUGAAGAUAUUUCACCAGGCAAGCAGGCAGGCAGCUUACACUGCUUUGGACCAUUGGUUUGUGUUUGGUCUCAUUUACUUAUUUCUUGAAAACGAAUGAACCCAUCUUAACUCGCCCUCUUCUUGAUUCGCAGGGUCAGCAGCAAUGAAGAAGACGCACACGUGUGAGUAGGAUUUCAUUAUUUGUUGGGUUUGGUAGGAGAACGGUAGCUUUUUUGAAAAAGGAAAGUCCAUGAAAUUACCAGAUUUUUCCUGCCCCUCAGCUCACCCCGAUCUCUGAGCAAGUGCAAAGUACCCACUACUCAACAUCAGGUUAACUACAGCGGAGAACGUAAGCACUUAGAAAUGUGCCCUGUAUCUUCCUGCCAGCUGCUAAGCACUUUGCAACAACUGGUGGGCUCCUUUGCGAGUUAAUGAUCGGCAGCUGCAAAUGCAACGCUCAAAUGCUUUAAAAAGAACAGCGUCCUGGGAUAAUAAUAAGAAUUAUUGUUUCCCCAGCCACUCUGGGCAGCUUCCAACAAAACACUAAAAUAUAAAAACCUAUUAAACAUUAAAAGCUUCCCUAAACAGGGCUGCCUUCAGAUGUCUUCUAAAAGUUUGGUAGCUAUUUUUUCCCUUUGACAUCUGGUGGGAGGGCUUUCCACAGGGCGGGCGCCACCACCAAGAAGGCCCUCUGCCUGCUUCCCUGUAACUUGGCUUCUCACAGCGAGGGAACCACCAGAAGGCCCUUGGAGCUGGAACUCAGUGUCUGGGCAGAACGAAGGGGGUGGAGACGCUCCUUCAGGUAUGCUGGACCGAGGCCGUUUAGGGCUUUAAAGGUCAGCACCUUUAAAGGAUCUCGCAAGCAGGUCUUGAAAUCCAUUAGUGACACAGAGAGAUGUCUCACACCAAGCCAAGGCCAUUGUCCCAUCUAGAUCAGGACUCCCUACACUGACAGGCAGAGGCUUUCCAGUAUUUCAGACCCGGAUGUCCCCUGCCUGGAAGUGCCAGGGACCGGCCUUCAGUAACUGGCCUUUGCAGGUAAAGUGUCACUGCACAUGGAGGCUCCAUUCAGCUGUCGUGGCUUGGCGACCAUCUAUGGCCCAUUCCUCUGUGUAUUUGUCAAAUAGGUUAGGGUGCAGCCUUCCCAAACCUAUGGUCCUCCAGCUAUUGCUGAACUACAGCUCCCAAUAUCCUUGAGAGUUGGCCAGAAUGUCUGGGGCUGAUGGGAGCUGGAGUCCACAAACAUCAUAGAACUACAACGCCCAUCAUCCCUGCCUGUUGGCCACGCCGACUGAAGCUGAUGGGAGAUGUAGUUCAAUGGCGUUCUUUGACUCCAACUCCCAUCGGCCGCUGCAAACAUGGCCAGCGAGGAUGGUCGGACCACCAAUGUUCUUGGACUCCAGUUCCCAUCAGCCCUAGCCAACAUGGCCAGGAGUACUAACUUGGCCCCACGACUGUGGGUUCCCAGGGCCGUGGGUACUGCGAACCUGGCACCGAGUUGAGUUGAUAAAACUUUAUUUGCAUUAGCCAAUGGCCAUAGCAACAGUAAAACAUUACAGUAUACGCAGAAAACGAAAUUUGAUAAAAGAGCACAAUUUAAAGUCCUGAAUCAGCCAUCAGUUAGUGGCCCUUAUUCUGAUCGCUAUGAACCUCGCAACCUUUGCUGUUAUCUGCUCAUUUUGAUCUGAUAGAAGAAAGGACAUUGUGGCAGUGGUUGAGCGCCCUGGGAUGGUUAGUACGAGUGGGGUGAUGAUCUCGUUCCUCAGGUCUUUGUAGAGAGUGCAAGACAGGAGGACGUGUGCCGCUGUUUCGGUGCUACCAUCUCCACAGGGGCAAAGACGUUUCUCAGGUGGGAUCUUUUGGAAUCGACCCUCAAGUACUGCAGACGGCAAAACAUCCAGUCUUGCAAGUGUAAAAGCGCGUCUGUAUUUUGGGAUAAUACAUUUGUGCAGAUAUGAGGCCAGAGAAUCAAAAUGGAGAGGUGGAAACUGAACAUACCAAGGGCAGAAUUUCCUUAUAGUGGCCUGGUUGUUCUGAUGCUCGAUAUCUUUUAGACAUUGACCAGUUAGACUGUUUGCUUUAGUGGGGCCCAUAGUGAGUAGAUGCUGUGGGGACAGGCCACAAGAGUGAAGUUUUUGAUAGACUGUUUUAAGCCAGGCACUUUUAUGGGAGUCUUGAAGUACUAGGGAUAGUAAACAAGGGGGAUUUGAGUUUAGGCAGGGCCAGAAGUUAAGAGUUCUUUGCCAAGUCCGUACUUCUACUGAAGGGAGACUUGCCUCCAGUUUCAAUGAUGCAUUUGGGAUGCAUGGCGGUACAGAAAAAAUAAAAGUUAGGAACUUUGAUUGAACAGCUUCCAAAGUGCUAAGGUGGUUACCAGUCCAAAUCUGAGCCCCGUAUAGUAGCUGUGCUAGGGGUUUAGCUUGGAAGACUUCUAGGGCUGAUGGUAUAUGUUUGCCACCCUUUUUCAUGGAAAAAGCGAGUCAAAGUCUUGGCACUUUGGGAUGCUUUUUCUUUUGCCCAUUUUUGGUGUGCUGCCCAUGACCCCGUGGACUGGAAGAUAAGGCCCAAAUAUUUGAAAGCUUUGACCUGUUCGAUUGGCUGAUUGUUCAUGUGCCAACUGUGGGGCUUCUAUUUUCUUGAGAAAACCAUAACUUUGGUUUUCUGAUAGUUUACGGCCAGGUGUUCUCCCUGGCGAUACACUGAGAAUUCUCUUAUCAAUCUUUUUAGGCCUCUUUUUGUUUAGGAUAAGAGGACCGCAUCAUACAGAGAUUGAUUUUGAGGCCAGUUUAGGGGCAUGGAUAUUUGUGGGUGCCUGGACCCUUCAUGGGGAAUUUGUGGAUGCUCAGUGUCAGGUGCUGUUGCGGUUACUCGAGAGUAACCAGGCAGGACUCCGACCUGUCUUUUACAAGCUUUAUUUUGGUGCAAACUAUUUACAGUAAAGAGCCCCAAAGCUCAUGUCUGGCUCAAUCGCUAGCAGAAUCCAGGAGUGGUCUUUUUUUGGACCUCCCCCAACAUAAGAGUUUUGUUACCCCCAGCUGUCUCCUCCCCUCUCUGUGCCCCAAACUACUGCGCAGGAUGGGCGAUGGCAAGGGCGUGUUUCCCUCCUGUCCGCCUUGCCCAGGAGCGGAGUUAAGGCUCCCAGCAGCAUCCUCUGGUCCUUGCCUCUGUUCCCCACUGGAGGUAGGGCUUUCCUCCUCCCCGGAAGAGGAACUGCUUCGCAAGAUUUUCGGAGGCUCCCUGUAACACACCUGCCCUUCUAUUUCUCGCCUCUGAGCCGAUGGCAGUUCCCUGACACACGGGCACCCAGGGUGCCAAGGAGUUGGCACCUAUGAACAUGGCCAAAGGUCAAGGAUGAUGGGAAUUUGAGUCCAUUGGCUCGUCUAGCUUGGAACUGUCUAUUCAGACCACUAGUCCUGCUGGUUGCCAGGAGCCAGAGUCCAGCCACCUCCAACAAGGUCGUGCCAGUGGGCCCUUGUCGUACCUCAUUCUAUUGCGGUGCCUUGUGCUCAGUUGCUUUUCUCUUGACGCCCCAGGACCUACUUUCUUUCCACCUCCGGUGCCUCUGUGGGUUGGGGCUGGUAGGGGAGAGAAAUGGGGACAUUGGCGUAUUUCCCCCUCUUAUUUGGUGCCUGGAACAAGAUCUGUGUGGUGGGCCCCUUCCUGUCGCUGUGGGACGCAGAUCAGCACCACGGUUCUCUGCACGACGGGAUGCGGUUGGGCUCGCCCAAGCUCUGAGCGGGGCUCCAUCUCGGGAAACAGAGGGCGUCCCUUCCUGACGUCGUGCUUUGUGGUGGGAGGGGGGUGUUUGACCUCGAUAAACAGGGAGGGCGAGGUGGGUCGGCCACGUCAGAUGUGUCAAAACAAGGGUUCAGGCCUUGAGUUUGGAGGCCCACCUUGUCUAGCCUCUUGUUCUCACCAUGGCCAAAUGUAGCCAUGGCUGCCAUGUUGGGUGGAUGGACAAACUUGUGGAGGAGAGGGCUUUGUUGUCGUUUAGUCAUGUCCGACUCUUCGUGACCCCCUGGACCAGAGCAUGCCAGGCCCUCCUGUCUUCCACUGCCUCCCGCAGUUGGGUGAAACUCAUGCUGGUCGCUUUGAGAACACUGUCCCACCACCAUCUCGUCCUCUGUCAUCCCCUUCUCCUUGCACCCUCCAUCUUUCCCAAUAUCAGGGUCUUUUCCAGGGAGUCUUCUCUUCUCAUGAGGUGGCCAAAGUCUUGGAGCCUCAGCUUCAGGAUCUGUCCUUCCAGUGAGCACUCAGGGCUGAUUUCCUUCAGAAUGGAGAGGUUGGAUCUUCUUGCAGUCCAUGGGACUCUCCAGAGUCUCCUCCAGCACCAGAAUUCAAAAGCAUCCAUUCUUCGGCGAUCAGCCUUCUUUAUGGUCCAGCUCUCACUUCCAUACAUCACUACUGGGAAAACCAUAGCUUGAACUAUACGGACCUUAGUCGGCAAGGUGAUGUCUCUGCUUUUUCAGAUGCUGUCUAGGUUUGUCAUCGCUUUUCUCCCAAGAAGGAGGCGUCUUUUAAUUUCGUGGCUGCUGUCACCAUCUGCAGUGAUCAUGGAGCCCAAGAAAGUAAAAUCUCUCACUGCCUCCAUUUCUUCCCCUUCUAUUUGCCAGGAGGUGAUGGGCCCAGUGGCCAUGAUCCUCGUUUUUUUGAUGUUGAGCUUCAGACCACAUUUUGCGCUCUCCUCUUUCACCCUCACCGAUGGCUAUUAGCCACAAUUUCUAUGUUCUGCCCUCACAGGUGGAGGCAGUCAUGCUUAUGGAAACCGCAUGAGGGGAGAGGACCUCUUGUACUCAAAUCCCAGUGCGGGUUUUGCAUAAUGGGCAUCUGGUCGGCCACUGUGAGCACAGGACGCUGGACUAGAUGGGCCACCGCUUGAUCCAGCAGAGCUCUUCACAUGUUCAGGUGCCCCAAAGAACCAAGGAAUGGAGAUAGACUUCCUCUGGACCUGGAGGUUCCAUAAGAACCUCAGAAGAUCCUGCAGGCCAGAGGGGACCCAUCUAGUCCAGCAUCCCUGAAUCUCGCAACUUCCAUUGCGUGUUCUUUCACCUUUUUUUUUUAAUAGUAAAUUUUAUUAGUAUUUUCCACACAACAACAACACUAAAAAUAUCGAAAAAUAACAAUACACAAAACACAAAAACCAGCGCACAAAAAACCCUAAUCCAUACCUUACAAGUUAAUAAUAUAAACACUAAAAGGAAAAACAAACAUUGACUUCCACCAAUCCCACAGCACCUCCUUUAUCUCUCAUUGUGUCUUCCUGUUUUCCUGAUCAUCUCUAUCCUAGCAUCUAGAUAUAAAUCCCUCUUUCUUAUCCUUUCACUUCACAAGGUUAUUCCAGACUUGGCCAGAUUUCUGUCCUCGAACCUUGGCUUUUAAGGUAUUCAUUUAGACACCCCCAUUCCUUUUUCACUUCACUUUUUAGUUUUUGUCUUGUUAUAUCUGUCAAUUUGGCUAAUUCUAAAUAUUCUGAAAGCUUACACAACCAUUCUCCCCUAGUGGGUAACUGAUUCCUUUCCAAUACUUAGCCACCAGGAUUCUUGCUGCAGACGUCGUGUCUAAGAAAAAUUUAGUUUUGUCUUUUUGAAUAUCAUCAUUUAAAAUUCCUAAAAGGAAUGCCUAUGGGCUUUUACUAUAUGAUAUUCUUAGUAUUUUCUUUAUUUCCUCGUGAUCAUGCUCCAAAAUUUCCCAAUUUCGGGGCAUGUCCACCACAUAUGGUAGAAGGUUCCUUUUUGUUUCUUACAUCUCCAGCACUUAUUAUUAUAUGUUUUAUUCAUUUUUACCGGCCUUUCUGGCACCGGGUACCACCUGUGAUCCAUUGCGUGUUCAUGAGUGUCAUGAGGGAGGGAGAAAAACUGGCACCACCAGUAACAUUUUCCUUUCUGAUCUGAGUUCUGGACAGGUGCACAAUUGGGGUGCUAUUUGUGGGGAGAAAUCUCCCUAAAUGGGCAGCCACACACUUCCUUUCUCCUUCUUCUCCUUCUCCUUCUUUGCUUCCAUAUUUGGAGUCCUUUCUGGACACUCCAGAAAAGGCUGUACGCUGCGCAUCCGGAAUGCUUGGUUUUAGCCACAUCAACUGUGCGCACGCUGUCAGUGGUGUCCAAAGGGGUCCCAGGUCUGAAGACCUCUUGCUCAAAACUGCAGGAGCGAGGAGAGUUCUGCCAUUGCGCUCGAGUCCUGCUUGCAAGCUUCUCUUUGGGGGCCACCGUGUUAAGUCACUGUGGGAAUGAGGUGCUGGAGCAAUGCAUCUCUGGCCUGAUCCAGCCUUUGGAACCAGGCAUUUUGGGCCAUAUCACGCCGAUUCUGCUCCGAUUUUUGCCAGUUGCUUACUUGUUUCCAGGCCCAAAUCUGGGCACUGAUUUUUAACCCUUAAACAUCCUGAGGCAGAGUGUGGUACCUUUGGCCAUUCCAGGGACGACGUUGCCAUCACGGCCAACCCUUGACGUGACUUUCCCCUUGAAACAGAAAGCCACAUUCCAGCCUCAGAGUUUUCUGUGCUCGCCAUCUCCCGCCUCAGACCCUCUCAUCCAUCCACGUUUCCCCCCCCCAACGGAAACUUUUCUUGUGGCUUUUUAUCUUCUCUCUGCCUUUCUCUUUGGCCUUUUGUGGGUUUGGAACUUUCCAACUCACUGCUGUCUCUUGCUCUCUUAUCCCCCCCCCAAAAAAAAUUACAACUGGAGUUUCUGAUUGGCCGUUGGGAGCGCCAGUCUGUGGGGUGCUGCGUCACCUGUCAGUCUGCUGAUGAUGCUGCCUUUUUUAAAAAAGGAAAUCUGACUCCACACACACACACACACACACACUCCCCAAAAGCGCUUCUCGCUCGUUGCAGCUGAUGCCCAGAGACGAACAGGUGUUGCAGAACCAAACCGCUGCCAGUCCCCUUCCCCACAAGCCGUCUUCACCAUGCGAGGUAUGUGGGGAGAGGUUGGGGGAGGCGAAGCGACUGCUUGGGGCCACCUGUUGGCUUACAGCCGGCGCCCGAGCAAUGGGGUGUUUGAUGAGACCCCCAGAAACCCAUAACUGAGCGGAGGCAAGGCUGCAAGAUGCCACCUGUGGCUUUAAAGCCAGCUCCAGAGCCCAGAACAAUCGGGCUGUGUGUGUGUGUGUGUGUGUGUGUGUAUUUGCACUGAAUUUUUCAAACGUUUUCACGGUAACCUUCAAAUCAAAUGCAUUGUUUCCUAAGUUGACUUUCUCACCUUCACCUCCACAGUGUUUUUCCUCACACCUUUUCUACUGCAUUAUAUCUUUGUCUAGCACAAAAAAUGUUUCUCUAUUGAAGUUGUUAUUUUAUCAUUUUUCCUCCCUGCUUUUAUCUCAAAUACUGCCAACGAUUUGACUGUCUCUCUCUCUCUCUCUCUCUCUCUCUCUCUAUAUAUAUAGUGGUACCUCGGGUUACAUACGCUUCAGGUUACAGACUCCGCUAACCCAGAAAUAGUACCUCGGGUUAAGAACUUUGCUUCAGGAUGAGAACAGAAAUCGUGCAGUGGCGGCAAGAGGCCCCAUUAGCUAAAGUGGUGCUUCAGGUUAAGAACUGUUAGAGGUUAAGAACGGACCUCCAGAACGAAUUAAGUACUUAACUUGAGGUACCACUGUAUAUAUAUAUAUGUGUAUAUUUAUAUAUAGAGUCAUUUAGUUGUGUCCGACUCUUCCUGACCCCCUGGACCAGAGCACGCCAGGCCCUCCUGUCUUCCACUGCCUCCCGCAGUUUGGUCAAACUCACGCUGGCAGCUUCGAGAACACUGUCCCACCAUCUCGUCCUCUGUCGUCCCCUUCUCCUUGUGCCCUCCAUCUUUCCCAGCAUUAGGGUCUUUUCCAGGGAGUCUUCUCUUCUCAUGAGGUGGCCAAAGUCUUGGAGCCUCAGCUUCAGGAUCUGUCCUUCCAGUGAGCACUCAGGGCUGAUUUCCUUCAGAAUGGAUAGGUUGGAUCUUCUUGUAAUCCAUGGGACUCUCAAGAGUCUCCUCCAGCACCAUAAUUCAAAAGCAUCAAUUCUUCAGCCUUAUAUAGUCCAUGAAAGUCCUCUAUGAAGAAUUGGUCAUUUUGAUCUCUAAAUUUCGCUGUUUCUGCAUAGUCCAUUGCUUUCAAAAACCACUCUUCCUUGGUUGGAACUGCCUCUUCUUCCCAUUUCUGUGCAUAUAAUAUUCUAGCUGCCGUUGUCACAGACAUAAAUAGUUUGGUCACCCUCUUUGAGACAGCUAUCCCUAUUAUACAUGUAAGGAAAAGGUCUGGUCUUUUGGAAAUACCCAUUUAAACAGGUUCUUCAUUAUAUUAUAUUUUUCCCCAAACUUUUUGGUUAUGUACAUAUCCACCACAUGGAACAAUCAUGUUUUAUUAUGGGACCCCCAAAGGCCCAAUCCCGGAGCAGGGCCAAAGUUGUGGCUUUCCUAAUUUAAGGGCUGUGUUGCUCAAGGAACCCCCUUCAAAACAAUAAUAAUGCUAAUAUUGCUGGUGAGCUGAUAACGGUGUGCAAUGCUGAAUUUCUUGCCUACGUUCCUGGAGGCUGUAGAGUAGGGAUUUGGCGAGAAAUUUGAAUUGUAUUUAUAGCUUAUAUAUAAACCGUGUUUUACAUUUGUCUGAUCCUGUUUGGCUGCAACCUGUUUUUGGUUGCCUUGUUAAUCAGAUUGAAUUCAAACUGGUUCACAUGGAAAGGUGAUCCGGACCUAAUUUAUACUUUCCUAGCCGAAACUUCGCCGUCCUUUGAAAUUCGCACACUUGCGAAUUUUGCAGUCUGGUUCUCCAGCCAUCAUUGCAUCAAAAAGAAAAAAAAAGGCAUAUGCACAUUGGUAAAAAUGAGAUAUGCACCCCCAAAACGUGUCAUUUUAGGGAAUACAGGGAAACGGCUUUGCCAAAAUGUGCGUUGGGAAAAAUAUUUGCCCGUGUGUCUGUUAGGAGAAAUUUGCACAAGAAGGCUAGUGAAUUUUCAUGAGGACAUUUCAUUUUAUUUUACAUCCUAGAUUGAUGGAUUUAAUGGUCCUUGGUUGUAAUUUUAGCUCUGGAAUUUAUGGGUGCAGAUUAUAGAUCCUUACAGUGAAAGAAAAUGCAACCUCAGAGCCCUGUCUAUUGCAGGGAUGGGGCCGUAGGGUUUUUCUUGGCUUUGCAAGAAGGUGAGACUGUAAUGGGCUUAAGUUACGGGGGGGGGGGGGAGAGAUUUUGGCUGAAAGUUUUCAGCAGUUCAGAGCAAUUCAGCAAUCGCCAAAAAGGGUUAUGGUGAACUCUCUCUCUCUUACCAGAGCUCUUCCAGAUGGGCAGCCGUCAGUCAGGGAGGACCUCACUCUCGAUAUCUGGCAUUGAGCAGUUGGUUUGACUAGAUGGCUUUACAAGGACCCCUUCUCUGGCACUGCCAGUAUUUAAAAAGCAAAAGCAAAUACUAAAAGUGAUCAUCACUUUUAUUUAGCCUUCAGGAUACCUUUCGAUGUAUCUUGGUCAUACAGUCACUGAAAGUCAGUGCAAGUUUGCUCUUACUCUCUCCAUUUUACGGAUGAAAGGAAACAAUGGUAGUUUAAUUUGUGACCUCUUCACAUAUCUGUGCUGCGUCAAGAUUUGCAAUGGGAGUUUGCCUGUUUCUUGCUAGUACUCGGCAUUCGACACAGUCGAAAAUGACAGGGGGAAUUUAAAACCGUUUCCUUCUAGUAAUGAAUCACAGGUUGUUUCUCUACACACCCCAGUUAAAAUAUUCUCACCCUCAUAAAAUGCAGGUAUAUUUAAUUCAAAUCAGGCUCAUGCAUAUUCUGUUCUUUCUGGGGGGGUUGCUGAGUCGUGUUACAACAUGUUGAUUUUCCUGGGUUGGGGAGCAAAUAUAUUUUUCUUUCUCCAUGGUCUGGCCAUCAAGAUGUCUCUUGAGUCAGCCUCUCCCCAGAUCUCCUCCUUUCGCAAAGACAACCUGAGUUUUUCAGGGUUAAAUGGAGCACCCCCAGUCGGUCAGGUGUGAAACUCUUGUUGGGUAGAAUCAUGGUUUUAAUGCUGUUAGUGGACUACCAUUGAUCUGCACUUGACAAAGGAGAAAGGAGGGACCUGGUCUUCUGCCCCCCAAGGACCUGUAAAAAAUGGAUGCCAGGGAGACGGCAGAAAGAGCCGAAGGUGAACAGAACAAGCUUCUGUGUCUGAUUAACAUGGACUUAAGGUUAGGGUCAGUAGGAGGGUGCCUGCCGUUACAAUUUGCCCUUUCGAAAAUGGUAGGCAAACUGAAACUUGGCCAUCCUUUAUCAUUUGCAUUUCUCUGAAUUUUGCAGUGCAGUCUUCCCUCCAUGCAAUUCUCCAAAGAGGCAUAUAACUGGGGCUACGGGUGUGUGAAAAUGCAUGUUUGCGACAGUAGCUUACAAAAACGCAUUAAAAUUAGGGGAAAUCGCUUUGCAAGCAUUUGCAUAUUGGACAAAUUGCAACAGUGUAUACGAGGCGAAAUCUGCAGAUGGCUGUAAUUGAGGGCUUCUUUCAAAAAUUGUCAAACUGAUAUGGAAAUGCAGGAAAAUGAACUUGAGACUGGGGGAAAAUGAGAAACCGAGAGGAGCCAAAAUGGACAGAUUUGCCCAUCCCCAGUUUUGAGUAUGUCUUAGUAAGAACUGCCCUACCUUACAAAAUUAUUGUUAGAUCCAUGCAAAGCUUUCAAUACUCUUAAAAUCAGUAUAUAACUUCUUUCCAAAAGGUGGUCAGGAUCGAGCCCAUCCACUUAAUUUAUAGCCACACUUUUCUGAAUUUCAGUAGAAUAUGUAUUUCUGAUAUCCAGCACUGUCUUAUGUAACUGAAGCUAUUCAUAUUUUCUUAACUCUGCCACACUCCCACAUGCUUUAAUCUUCUUGCAUCUGGUCCACAAAUAUUUCUCUGUGUUGCUGUUUUUUAAAAAAAUGUGUCAUCUUUAAAGCUAAUUGUUUGAAUUAACUACUAAUUCGACGUGUUUCUCUGCGCUCUGAAAGUCAUUCUUAAACUAUUUUUAUUAUUGUCGGCCUCUUCAAAAGGGCUCUUAUGAAACAGUUCUAUGUUUAGGCAACUUUUUUAAAAAAAGAAAUCUAAAAUUAAAAUAUUUGGUUCUAGUCCUCAAGGUGUUUUAGCGGGGGGGGGGGCUCAGAUUCAAUAUAAAGCGGUCUGUAUGAUUUUGUGGAGUUUAGCAAAUGUCCAGGCACGUAUCUACAGGCAGGAACUGAAACUUGAAUCUUGAAACUGGUUGCCGCUAGUCCUGAUGGCGAGGUGACAAAUUCAGAAGAAAGCGGGAUUUUUUCAUUUUGUCAUACUUAGUAAUAGCAGUUAGUCAGGAGCUCUGAUAACCUUGAAUGAAUGGGUUAUUUGUUGUGGUCGCUGAGCGAUAGAAGUGAACACACACUUAAAGUAUGCAGCUGGUUAUAACAAGACGCAAAUAUAAUGGUGAUGUAUCUUCACGAGGACUUGGGGAAAGAAAAGAAAAGAAAACAAUCCCUAACUGAUGCAUAAAUGUUGGGAACUGAACUCAAGACAAAAAAAUGAGGUAGUCCUCAACACCUAUUUCAGCCUUAAAAACGAGCAAUGUUGUUUCAAAACAUGAAAUCACACAAAUCAGCAUUGUGAAUCUUCCAAAAUCAACAGCACCCAGGAACUGAGUGUCAGCAAAAUACCGAUGGUUUCAUCCAGCGAAGUCCCACUCAGAGUUGCACCCAUUGAAAUUAAGAAGCCUAACUUAGUCGUGUAUAUGAACUUCAGUGGGUCUACCCAGCGUAGGACUAGCAUCGAAUACCACCUGUACAUUCCACCCCACUAGGAACUGACCAGAAAAAUUGUCCAGAUCUGAAUGUAUUUUGCAGCCGUCUCAGUAAUAUGGGAAGAAGUUUUCCUUAACCAAAAAUAUACCCAAUCUAUAGAAAGGAGCUCUUAAAUCAGGCAUCCCCAAACUCCGCCCUCCAGAUGUUUUGGGGACUACAACUCCCAUCAUCCCUAGCUAGCAGGACCAGUGGUCAGGGAUGAUGGGAACUGUAGUCCCAAAAAAUCUGGAGGGCUGAUUUUGGGGGUGCCUGUCUUAAAUAGAGGGAAAAUCAACCUCUCUCUCUUUCUGCACUCCCUAUACAAGUUAUGAUGCAAAAGGACUUGAUCGGCAGCCUGUUGCUCCAGCUCCACUCAGACAAAAGCAUCUCUUAACUCGGGUCUUCUCAAAUCAUCCAUUUAUACAGGAAGCUGCGUUCUAGUGGGUCAGACCACUGGUCUAUCUACUUCAGUAUUGUCUACACUGACUGGCAGCGACCCUCCCAAGAUUUCAGGCAGGAGAUUUCGCCCAGCCCUACCAGAAGAUGCUAGGGAGUGAACUGGGAACCUUCUGCGUGCAAAGCAGAUGUUCACUCAACUACAACCCUUAAAUUAUCAAUUUCAGAAGGCAACGCAUUGUGACGAGUGAGCACAGACGCACUCCUGUGUUUUGGAGAUGGUUAAUGUAUGCUACUAUGAAGCUCUAAAGGUAAAGGUAAAGGGACCCCUGACCAUUAGGUCCAGUCAUGGCCGACUCUGGGGUUGCGGCGCUCAUCUCGCUUUAUUGGCUGAGGGAGCCGGCGUACAGCUUCUGGGUCAUGUGGCCAGCAUGACUGAGCCGCUUCUGGCAAACCAGAGCAGCGCACGGAAACGCCGUUUACCUUCCCAUCGGAGCGGUACCUAUUUAUCUACUUGCGCUUUGAGGUGCUUUCAAACUGCUAGGUUGGCAGGAGCAGGGACCGAGCAACGGGAGCUCACCCCGUCGCGGGGAUUCGAACCGCCGACCUUCUGAUCGGCAAGUCCUAGGCUCUGUGGUUUAACCCACAGCGCCACCCGCGUCCCACUAUGAAGCUCUACUGAUCCCAUAAUUCAGGGAUUCCUCAGCUUCAGUGAUGCUGCAGAUUGUAAGUUUUCUAACUUUCACAGGCCGGGAGUAUUGGGCCCUGUCUUGAAACCAUGAUUUCCCAACACAUCUGGAGAGAGGAGACUCUCCUCCAUCUCUUUUUCAUCCAUUGACGGAAGUGUUGAGAACCUCCUUUGCUAGGAGGUCAAAGAGCAAAGCCAAGCCCAGGAACAUUGCAAAAGGAGAAUUAUAACCCAAAUAGUUUGGGAGAAAGGCAGGAUAUAAAUGCAUUAAAUAAAUAAAAAUAAAUUGGAUCAGCGGGAGAGUAUUAUUGGGUGUUGAUUAUGGUUUUUAUUUUUGCUGCAACAUUUUGGGUUGCAUUAUUUUUUUAAAAAACACAGACAUUUGGAAAACAGAAUGGGAAUGUAUGUUUCCUCCCCCGCCUGAAGAACUAUUUUUCUCCACAAAUUCCUCCAGGUUCUUUGAGAUCUGUUAGAGAAGCAUUGAUAACUUUCCCAUAUAUAACAUCUGGAAGGAUGAGUCCCUUAAUAUCACAAGCAUGAAAAUGUUCAGCCCAUUAUGGCCUCUGCUUUAAAAGCAGCUUCUAAUUUUUGUUGUUGCUGGGGCCACUGUGGUUGGGCAAAAGUGUCAAUUUCAGUUUCUCUCUUUUUUUCCCUUCAUUUUUCCACUGCAAAGUUCAGUUCUGCACAUUCCCACAACAGUCUGUGAUCGUUAUUUUUCAAAAAGAAAAGGUCCCACUGAAUAUUCGUCAGCGUUUUUGCGAAAGUUUCUUCUAAUAUCCACAAAUUUGUGUGGCACUUUGCCAAUGCAUCCAUUUUUCCCCAAAAACACAGCACAACUUUGUGUGCCAUUUUCACAUUCAUAUGGCUUUCUAUGCACAUUUUAUUCUAGCAACUUCCUUUUUGUAUACAAAAAGAUCUGCUUUACAAAACUCUGAGAAGGGCGAAUUUUGGAGGAUGGAUUUAUUUUGAAUUUCUGCAUCAUUUUGCAAAGUUCAGCGUAGGCCGGUCCACUUUUAGGUGUGAAAUAGAUUGCAUUUCUCCCCUCACUCCUACAUACAACAUACAACAUACGACCCAAGUUUUACGUCAUUCUGAUCUUUGCCUUUUUAUUUUAUUCCUACCUUUGCUCUUUAAGAGUGUUUUGCUUUCGUGAUUUAGCGGUGCAGGGUUGCAUUAAAUGGGGGUCCUACCGAGAGUUAAUGAGCGCAGCUACCGUAGGUUCGUUAAUUUCAGAAGUUAAAUGCUGAGCAAUUGGACACAACACUGAUAAAUUUGUGUAUAAUGAUGAUGAUGCUACAAAAAAAUGCAUCAUUGUACGCCAUAGGAAUUCACCUAGGCCAGGGAUGAAGAAUCUAGGGGUCUCUAUACAUUGCUAAGGGAUGCGGGUAGCGCUGUGGUUAAACCACAGAGCCUAGGACUUGCCGAUCAGAAGGUCAGCAGUUCGAAUCCCUGCGACGGAAUGAGCUCCCGUUGCUCAGUCCCUGCUCCUGCCAACCUAGCAGUUCGAAAGCACGUCAAAGUGCAAGUAGGUACUGCUCCAGUGGGAAGGUAAACGGCGUUUCCGUGCGCUGCUCUGGUUCGCCAGAAGCGGCUUAGUCAUGCUGGCCACAUGACCCGGAAGCUAUACGCCGGCUCCCUCGGCCAAUAAAGCGAGAUGAGCGCCGCAACCCCAGAGUCAUCCACGACUGGACCUAACGGUGAGGGGUCCCUUUACCUUUUACUGAGAGUUAAUGAGCACAACUACUGUAGGUUCAUUAAUUUCAGUAGUUAUAUGCUGAGCAAUUGGACACUACACUGAUAAAUUUGUGUAUGAUGAUGAUGAUACAGAAGAUUGCAUCAUUGUACGUCAUAGAAAUUCACCUAGGCCAGGGAUGAGGAAUCGAUACAUUGCUAAGCUUUCAUAAUCCCUGACUGCUAGCUAUGCAAACUGAUGGGUCUUAGAGUCUAACAACAUCUGUCCCCACCAACAUCACCACUUGUCUAAGCCCACAUUUAAAUCUCUGCUGAGAUUUCCAAAACCUUCGCUUUGACUCAGUGGUACCCUCUUUCCCUUGCCCUGUCCGCAUGUUUGUUGCGCUUUUUUUUAACCCUGUCAGUUUAAGCAACAAAGAGGGUCCCUUCCGCACUCAACUUGCCCCAGAGGUUUCUCAAGGAAACACUUUGUGCUCAACUUAACAGCUUCUUUCCUGCUCCCCACAACUUAAAUUUUCGGCAGGCGCCCAGAAGCCAGAAAAGCCGUUCCUCUGGCAAUCUCCCCGAAGGGAGAUCACUGCUCACGCUGCUUAAAAUCUUUUCCUUGCGCAAAACACCUCUCUCCGGGGUUUUGAAAAGGGUGUGAAGACUACAAAAUUAGUUGCCACCUUCCGUUUUUCUGCAUGUGGUGAAAUAGGCAGCGGGGUUUUUAAGGCUCCCCCUCCUCUUGCUUUCCUUCUCACCCCCCCUACCCACACCUUCCUUCCCACUCUCUGUUCUGAGAAAUAUAUGCCUUUCGUCUGUGUCAGAUAAAAAUCUGCUAGGCUGAUCUGUCACAGUCUAUCUGAUGGGAGGUAGGGGAUCCCAAGGUUUGCAAAAGGUCAUGGCCAAAUUUAAUUUCAGUGUGUGUGGUUUUAAUUUUAUAUUGCUGAUUGCAAUAUAAAAUUAGUUGUUCCCUUUACCUUCCUGCGCAAUUUACAAUUGCUAGCUGGGACUGGUGAGAGCACAGUGACCCCUGGUGGCCUAAAGGUUCUUCGCAACGGGUGGCCCUGAUCCCAAGAUCUUCCGCUUUGCAUUUGGACGGGGCAGGGGCGAGGGCAUAGCUGUCAACUGUCCCUUAUUUGGGAGGAAACUCCCUUAUCCCAGCGCCGUGUCCCGCUGCUGUCCCUUAUUGACAAUGUCCCUUAAAUUUCCUGGGUUUCAAAGGAAGCAGCUCCUCCCCCUCCCUCCCUGCCGCCCAGGGAGGAGGGAGGCUCCAACUGUGUUGCUUGACUGCCCGGCCCACCCCCCUCCGGCCUCCUCUCACCAGCCUUGGCCCCCGGGAGCCCCUCCCCACCGGGACUGGCGGGAGCCUCUGGCCCUUCCGCCGCCAUCCUCCUUGCUGCCGCCGAACUGAGCAUCUCUGCUUGGGGUAGCAUCUUUGUAGCUUGGACUUCGUUUUGCGCGAAAAGUGGUUGCUGAUUGUAGUUAUUUAAUUGCAAUGUUUCAUCAGCUUGAGCAGCAACCUCUGGAAACAAAGGGCUAAAAACCGGUGCUGCUCUCCAAAAUUAUCUGGUCUCUUUUAAGUUUGUAUUUCAGGUGGUUGACUAAAAUCCCUUAUUUGGGCUGCUGAUCCCUUAUUUUCGAGGCUGCUGGUCCCUUAUUUUCAAAUCUGUAAGUUGACAGCUAUGGGCAAGGGAGAAGGUCUUCCAUGGGCACAUGGGAACCCGGAUGCUUCCGAUUCAGUAGGGCAGCUUUCUUGUGCCCCUGUUUAAAUCUGUCUUCCAUUCAGAGCCAUGAGGACUGGAAUCUUAAUGGGGGAAAAGGGCAGGUAGCUCAGACAGUAGAGCACUUGCAGCACGUAAUAAUAAUAAUAAUAAUAAAUUUAUUUAUACCCCGCCCUCUCUAGCCAGAGCCAGGCUCAGGGCGGCUAACACCAAUAAAAUCACAGUCAAAACAUAAUAAGCGAAAAAGGGGGGGGGAACCAAUUUAAAAUAAAUACAGGUUAAAAUGCAGCCUCAUUUUAAAGUAGCUGAUAAAUCAAGACCAAAAGGGGAAGGAAGACAUAAGGGUCAGACUGAGUCCAAACCAAAGGCCAGGCGGAACAGCUCUGUCUUGCAGGCCCUGCGGAAAGAUGUCAAGUCCCGCAGGGCCCUGGUCUCUUGUGAUAGAGCGUUCCACAAAGUCGGGGCCAGUACUGAAAAGGCCCUGGCCCUAGUUGAGACCAAUCUAACCUCCUUGAGGCUCGGGACCUCCAAAGUGUUGUCAUUCGUGGACCUUAAGGUCCACUGCGGGGCAUACAGAAAGUUUCAGGUUCAAUUGGGAAUCUCCCCGAUUCUGGAUUGAGAUUGAUAGCCACAACACACACCUGGUUGGAUAAAUGUUUUGGGGGCUGCUUGGUCUGACUGCAUCUCUCAAGGAAAAACUGAGGCUGGAUUCUGGGUUUAUAUUGUGUUAAUUUUCCCCGUUAGAAUGCCCAGAGCUUCUGCGCCAUUUUAAAACAUUCCUUUCACACGGCGGCGGCACCUGUUGUGCUAUGGAACUGUGGCUUUUCGGCCGAUAGAUCCAUACGUCACACUAAAUUUCAUUUGUGUCAAUGGGUGUGUGGGGGCAACAACAAACGUCAUUGAACAAUGCGGCUCUUCCCGCAUCUUUUCUGCGCAUGCUGCCUUCGGUUCGCCUGCAAAUUCCCCCAUAAAGUUGGCAGGAGAAAAUGUUUUGCUGAUACAGUCAUAUCUCAUGUUACGUCCGCUUCAUGUUACGUUCUUUCAGGUUACGUCUCGCGGAAAGGGUUACUUCUGGGUUUCACCGCAUGCACAGAGGCACAAAAUGACGUCACACGCAUGCGCAGAAGCAGCGGAUCGCAACCCGCGCAGGCGCACAGAUGCGCCACUGCGGGUUGCGCUCUUUUCAUGUUGCGAACGGGCCUCCGGAACGGAUCCCGUUCGCAACCAGAGGUACCACUGUAUAGCGCCCCAAAGUUUGUCACUUUAUGCCUGCAGUUUUCCAGGUUCCGGGGGCUGCAAACUCUCCCCCCCCCCCCAGAAUCAAAUAACAUGCGAGUAAGUGCUAAACCUACGUUAUAGUCCAUUAUGUUUGUGGAAGUGGCUUUUGUGGCAUGUGAAAGCUCAAAUAUCAUGCAGAAUUAAAACAGGGAAACACAUUCUUUAUGGAGUCGAAAAACACUGAAUUGUAUAAUUGUAGAGUCGUAAGGGACCCCAGGGUCAUCUAGUCCAACCCCCCCAAUGCAGCCAUCUCAACUGGAAGCAUUCAUGACAGAUGGCCACCCAACCUCUGCUUAAAAACCUCCAAGGAAGGAGAGACCACAACUUCCCAAGGGAGUCCAUUCCACAGUCAAACAGCCCUUACUGUCAGAAAUUCCCCCCUGAUGUUUAGGCAUGUGUUGUAGUCCAUUAGUUUCCUAGCAUUAGUUUCUCUGCAGUGUGGAAGCUCAGAUAUAAUGCAGAAACCACUGGUUAAGGAAAUGUUGGGGAGAUGGAAUAAACUGCCCUGGGGGUUGCACCCGGAACCGGUCCGGGAGCCGCCCAUGGGCUCCUUUCAGAGAAGGUUUUUCCCGUCCUCAGGGGGCUGAAAAGAAGGGAUGUGGGGAGAAAGCCUUGAGUAGGUUGAUGGAACUCGGAUGUGGGUUGACGCCAUGCGCCGGCAGACCGAAAUGUUAGAGCAGCCGGAGGAAAUUGAGGGGGGAGGCUUGUUUUCAAGGCCUGCCGGAGGAACCAGCGAGCUCCUCUUUGAAGCGUCAGCUCUGUGGCUUAAGCUUCGCAUGCAAACCUUCCUCCUCCGUUCCUCUUGGCAGUUUUGCCCCCCACUGCACUGCACUGCCGCCGCUUGUAGCACCCGUCGGAGACCCCCUCAAGUUGCGGCCGGCACCCCCUUUUAAAGCACGCACCUGCCUGCGGAGAGUUUUGCAGCACCUCUAGAGUCCGGUGGUUUUGUCGUGGCCACAAGCACCUCUGUAGGUUUUGCAGGCAGCCCUGUUUAGGGAAGUUUUUAACAACUGAUUUUGGGGGGAGGGUUCAAAAACAAAAUUAUUGGUUUUCCACAUUUAUCACAAAAUGACAUGACGAAACACACAACAAAGAAAAACACACUACAACACAAUAAAAUUAAGCACAAAAAGGAAUUAUUUCUUCUAAUACCUAAUUCUCUUAACAUUGCUAACUGACUUCCUCGAAUCCUCUCUAACUGAAUUUCAUUAUAUCACAUUUAUCAGUUCUCCAAGUUCAUAUUUCUAAUAAUAUUAACUCCUUUCAUUUACUAAUCUCUUCUCCUUUAUUAAUAUUCUAAUCCUUAAUGUUUACUACCACAUAUCCUUAUUCUACCCCUAGGCCUAUUUGUUACUUCCAAGGAUUUUCUGUUUAUCUUAUUUUACAAUAUUUAGCUAAAUAUUAUUCCAGUUCUCUUGUGUAUCCUCUUCUUUCUGGUUGCAGAUUCUUCCAGUCAGGUCGGCCAGCUCCAAAAAAUCCAACAUCUUCAUCUGCCAUUCUUCUAUUGUUCGUAUUUCUUGCGAUUUCCAAUUUUUGGCUAAUUAUGACUGUUGUUUUAAUGUAUUUUUAACCUUCUGUUGGAAGCCGCCCAGAGUCACUGGGGAAACCCAGCCAGAUGGGCAGGGUAGAAAUAUUAUAUUAUUAUUUAUUAUUAUUUAUUCCCCUUGAGAAAUGUUAAGCAGAUAGAUCAGGGGUCAGGAAGCUUCAUCCCUAAAUGUCUUUGCCCCCCAUCGUCCAGCCUGGACACGGAGGUCCAGCUCCAAGAACCUUCUGGCGGUUCCCUCAUUGCGACAAGUGAGGUUAUAGGGAACCAGGCAGAGGGCCUUCUUGGUGGUGGCACCUCCCCUGGGGAAGGCCAUCCCAUCAGAUGUCAAGGAACGAUCUGACUUUUGGAAGACUUCCGAAUGCAGUCCUGUUCAGGGAGGGUUUUAAUGUUUGAUAUUCUUUGUGUUUUAAUAUUCUGUUGGGAGCUGCCCAGAGUGGCUGGGGCAGCCAGGUCAGAUGGGUGUGGGUGAAUAUUAUUAUUAUUAUUAUUAUUAUUAUGACUGAGGCCCACACUCCCUUCUUGGCAGGCUUCCUAGGGGCUGCAUGCCUGUGAUGGACAGGGCCAGAGGUUUAAGUGAGUGGGGUGACACAUGCGUUUUCUCCUUUGUAAGGUACUCUAGUUUCCACACACACAAACACACAAAGGCCACAUUCCUCCAUGUAAAGCACUAUGGUGCCACUUUAAGCAGCUUUCCCCGGAGGAUUCUUGGAGCUGUAGUUUGUGACGGGUGCCGAGAGUGGUCAGGAGAGCCACUAUUUCUCUUGGAGAACUGCAAUUCCCAGAGUUCCCCUGAGAAGAGGGGUUGGCUGUUAAACCGCUCUGGCCCCUGCAGGAGGGAGUUCCAUAGUUUAACUAAAGAAAUACUUUAUUUUCUCUGUCCUGAAUCUUCCAACAUUUGGCUUCAUUGGCCGUCCACAAAUUCUAGUGUUAGGAUAGAAAAAGAGGAAAGCUAUUCUCCAUCCACCUUCUCCAGCCACCUUCUCCGUGCCACACCUAAUUUUAUAACCUUCUGUCUUGUGGUCUCUUUUUUACUUUUCUUCAAACGUGUUUCUAAAGCCUGUGUCCCCAUUCACUGGCUAGAAAUGCCGCCAAAUAAGAUUUCUAUAGAGAUGUCCUCUGCCUUGAAUAAUUUCAGGUUGGCUGCUUGCAAUGUUAAACCGCUAUAUCAUUUUGCGUGUUUGAUUCGAUUCCAUUUAUGAAUCGCCUCCGGUGAAAUACCUCAAAGCGAUUUCUCCGUUAAAAAACGCAGAGAAUAAAAACGAUGCACCGAAAUACGAGGAAGCGGAUACUUUAAAAAGACAGCCGUCAAAACACAGCAAAUGAAGAACAAGAAAAAUAACGACAGCAGAUAUCGCAGAUACACACACGCGCAAAAAACCAUGACCUUUCUAGCGUUUGGUAAUGAUGCAAACUUCCUAACUUCCUACUCUGCCGAAUUAAUACCUGUAGUUGUGUGGGAGAGGACUGAGCUUUUGAUUGAGUCCGAAACAAAUCAGUUCAAAAGUGCUGAUCUAAUUGAGUUUGGGAGUUUGAUGUCAUCAUCUUACCUGGUUGGCCCCAGUGAAAACAGGAUGCUGGACUUUGAAGGGCGUUGGGCCUGAUCCAGCUACAGAGCUAUAGAACCAUGGAAGUAUGGAAUUGGAAGGGACCCUGCAGAUCAUCUAGUCCCAACCCUCUGCAAUACAAGAAUAUGCAGGUGUCCCAUACAGGAACAGGGCAGCCCUGUUUAGGGAAGCUUUUAAUGUUUGAUGUAUUAUAGUAUUUUACUAUUCUUUUGGAAGCCGCCCAGAGUGGCUGGGGAAGCCCAGCCAGAUGGGCGGGGUAUAAAUAAUAAAUUAUUGUACUUGUUGUUGUUGUUGUUGUAUUAUGUGCUAUGGCCCCAAGGCCUUCCGUUCAGACCCCUUUAGUGUGGGGGGAAAAGGAGGGGCAGCCAAGAUGAUCAAAGGGGUGGAGCAACUCACCUGUAAGAUAAGGGGGCAGCGUUUGGGACUUCUUGGUUUAGAGAAAAGCCAAGAAGGAAGUAACUUGAUAGAGGAUUAUGAAAUGAUGUUUCUCUUAAGGGUAGGACUCAAACCAGUGGCUUCAUGUUACAAGUAAGGAGAUUCCCACUAAACAUUUGGGGGAAACUUUCUGACGGUAAGAGCUGUUCGACAGUGGAACAGACGCCCACUAGAAGUGGUGGACUCUCCGUCCUUGGAGGUGUUUAAGCAGAGGUUGGAUGGCCAUCUGUCAUGGAUGCUUUGGCUGAGAUUCCUGCAUUCCAGGGGGUUGGACUAGAUGACCAUUGGGUUCCUUCCAAUUUUAUGAUUCUGUGAAAGUGGAUAAAGAAAAUGUUUUCCUCCCUGUCGUAACACUAGAACACGUGGACUUCCAAGGAAGCUGAGUGUUGGGAGAUUCAGGACAGAUGGGGGAAAAGUCCUUAAUCCAGUGCAUGGUUAGACUGCCGAACUCCUUCCCACAGCAGGCAGAGAUGGCCGCCAUCUUGGGCGACUGUAUUUAUCUUUUAAUAAAUUUUAUUAAGGUCUGUAGAGGGGAAAUGCAAAACGUAAAAUCUUUUGCCUUUUUAAAAAACUGAACCAGGACUUUUAUUUAGGUGCAAUAAAAACACAAAGGGGCAGGAUGGGGAGAAAGAAAUAGAGAAGGAGAAAGAAAGAAAGAAAGAAAGAAAGGAGAAAGGUAGAAAAAUAAGAUUCAGAAACUAAAGAACUUCCGAUUCUUCCUCCAUCCGCUAUGCAGAAACAAAAUUCACUUCGUCCAAUCCGACAUAUGACACCUCACAAAGCAACUUUCUAUAAACAAACAUUAAUCUUACAUCCUCAAACCAGCAUAGGCGUCUUUAAAAGAGGAUUAAUUGAUUGUGAUUUUAUGUAAACUGUGUUGCUUUUACUGAUGUUAGCUGCUCUGAGCUUCGGCUUCGGAGGGCGGGAUAUAAAUAAAAUUGUAUUAUUUUUUAUUAUUAUUAUUCGAUCAAUUCAAAGGCUAUCCGUGUCUGGUCGCCAUGUUGGCUGGGCUUCCACAGGUGGGCGAAGGACUGAUCUAGACUUGGUCGCUGCAACCGUGGCCACUUUGUUUGGGUGCUGAGAUCACUGCAGUCGUGUUCCUGUUUUGUGAGUCACGAUCAAAGGGAUAAACGACUGGCAGCAGAGGAACUUUUGCUUGGGGGCAAAUCGCCGUCGGUAAGGGGCGAGGCAGCGAGGCUGAAUCAUAGAGCUGUAGGAAGACAGUCUCGGGUCAGAGACAGGUUGCGGGGCGAGAAGCAAGGAAAUAUGAAGACACACAUAUUUUCCAAAAUAAUCCUCCCUGCCUUUUUGAAGCCUGUGUUCAAAUCGGGUUCAUCUUCAGUUUUCGGGUUCCCCAUCUGGGUGGCCACUGUGAGAACAGGAUUCUGGGCUGAUUCAACUGGGGUCUUCUUCAGUCCUUAUGGAACCUCCUGGUCCAGAAUAGUCUAUCUCGAUUCUUAGGUUCUUAGGGCGUUUGGCCACUGUGAAAACAGGGUUCUCAGCAUCACCUAUCAGUAAGUCAGAAUAUCUCAACCACUUAUUCUCCAUAUUUAACUUUUUUUGCGCCUGAGCUUCCAUUGGUGAAAUCCAUUUGGGUGUUUUUCUUACCAAAAGAUCCUGAUAUCUAAUCCAUACAUUAUAAAGCGCCUUCCUGAUUAUAUGGUCUUAAAACCACUAUGGGCCUUUACUUUAUCAUACCAAAGAUAUGCAUGCCAUCCAAACCUAUUAUCCAGUCCCUCCAAGUCCAAAAUAUCCUCAUUUUCUAAUUUAAUCCAGUCUUUAAUCCAGCAGAAGGCCGCUGCUUCAAAAUAUAUCUUCAAAUCAGGCAGGGAAAAACCUCCUCUUUCUUUUAUGUCCGUAAGCAGCUUAUACUUAAUUCUCGGUUUUUUCCCCUGCCAAAUAAAUUAUGAGAACAGGGUUCUGGGCUCGAUGAGGACCGCUUGUUCUUCAUUUCCUCUAUUAUGUGGGGAAUGUUGGUGAAAAUCACAUUUUUUAAAAAUGACAAGAUGGAGUGUUGGGGGGGUGAGCAAUAAGUAUAAUGCAGCAAUUAAUAAGAUAAGAAUAAAGAUAAGAAUAAAAACACGAGGGCGCGAGCACCAGGUGAAUGUGAUCCCGUAGCGAGGACCCCAUAAGGAGUCUCGCUGUGGCAUUCUGCACCCGCUGGAGUUUCUGGGUCAGUCUCAAGGGCAGCCCCAUGUAGAGCGAGUUACAAUAAUCAAGUCUGGAGGUGGCUGUUGCGUGGAUCACAGUGGCGAGGUCAGGGCGAGAGAGACACAUUCUCAGAGAGGGCUAUCCAUGGCUAUUAGUCUAGAUUGCUAUGAUCUGCCUUGCCAUUGCAAUGCUUCUGAACACCAGUUGCCACAGGAGGGGAGAGUUGCUCUUGCGCUCGGUGACUGCUUGCAAAUUUCCCAUGUUAUGCAACAGGAUCUUAUGUUCUCAAGGUGCUAUACAUGGUCCCCCCCCCCGUUUAAUCCCCACAACAACCCUGUGAGGUAGGUUAGGCUGAGAAGCAGAGAUUGACCCACGGUAAUCCACUUCCUGAGGGAGGGAUUUGAACCGUGGUCUCCCCAAGGUCCGCACUCGAACGGUUACACCACCCUGGCUCCCCUUGAGGUUCUCCGUCCCCAAGCCUCGCAGGGCUCUUUGCGUCCCAGGACCCCUCGGGUCCUGCCACUCUCGGUCACGGCAAAGGGAGUUUGGGGUUGUUUCCCUUGCACCUUCAUUCUUGCCAGAGCGCCCGGGCGAACUGAGUAAGACACGCAGAGCGGGUGGGAGUUGGGUUUCCAUCUCUCCCGGGGGCGCCUGCUGUGUUGAGCGUCUUUCCUGCUUUGAUUCAUGUGGCGAGGGUGUCAACGACUCAGCCCUCCUCCACGCUGCUGCUGCGGCUGCCCCUACGCUGCGGGGGGGGGAAGGAAGGGGAGCGGGGCCAUGAAUCGGCAGCAAUAAACACACAGUCAUCUCGAAUGCCUCUUUGCCUUUCAUCCUGCGUUGUGGCUGGGUUUUGUUUUGCUCUCUCUUUUAUAACAGGUGCAAUUUUUGAGCGAGAGCAGAUUUCGAUGCGGUGUCGAACGUGCUGGUGGUAGCCUUUCAAACCUAGAGUUGGCCAGGUUCAAAACCCUUUCCUGGCAUGUUGUGGACUUCCCAGAUACCAAGGGGUGCAGCAGGGACAGGAAGGCAGGCUGUGGUUGGAAAGGUGUGCUCUUCAUCUUCCCGGGAGGUCAGGAAGUGGUGUCAGCAGUGGGAUCCCCUCUCUGGGGAAGGGAGGGCUCUGAGCGGGAAGGGGCGAACCCAGUGGGAGCCAGUGACUCAGCCAUGACCAUAACCCCAACAUCAGUAAGAGUUUAACACAGGGGCGGGGAGCAUCUGUGAUGUUUUCCAGGUGCUAGGACUCAGACUCCCAUCAGCUGCCACGAACACGAGCAACGGUCAAGGGUAAUGGUGCCAUUCUUCAGGAACAACUGCGGGAACACAUGUCCAUUGUUUUUCCCGAAACAAUUUGGCUGCUUGCAAGUAUAGGUGUCUAGGAUCAGAGCGGGUGGCGCUGUGGGUUAAACCACAGAGCCUAGGACUUGCUGAUCAGAAGGUCGGUGGUUCGAAUCCCCGCCACGGGGUGAGCUCCCGUUGCUCGGUCCCUGCUCCUGCCCACCUAGCAGUUCGACAGCAUGUCAAAGUGCAAGUAGAUAAAUAGGUACCACUCUGGCGGGAAGGUAAACGGCGUUUCCGUGCGCUGCUCUGAUUCGCCAAAGCGGCUUAGUCCUGCUGGCCACAUGACCCGGAAGCUGUACACCGGCUCCCUCGGCCAGUAAAGUGAGAUGAGCGCCACAACCCCAGAGUUGGUCACGACUGGACCUAAUGGUCAGGGGUCCCUUUACCUUUUAGGAUCAGAGUGUCAGAGAACGGAAAGUGCCGUUAACAUCCUCACAUUCAGGCCAGCCGCUGGAUGGUUCUAACCUGCAAGGAACAUCUUGCACACGCAGAUGGGCCGUCACAGAUUCAAGUGAUUACAUUUUCAAAAGUCCAGGCUAGAGUUAUGGAACAUCAGAAUGCCACUUAUUAUUCAACUCUACACAUGAACAUUAAAAAAAAAAAACUUGCCCCCAAAGGGAAAAUCAGGAAAAGGAUGGUUUCCCAGGGGCCCCAAGCUCAGGGCUGUUCUGGGUGCCUUGGGAAAUGAGGGCAGCAGGGGGCUCAGAUUGGUCCAGAGUGGCGCUCUGUAGCGUGUUGGGUGCCUGAUGGUUUAUUCAGCUCUCUCUGUUUUGUAUAGAAGAACUAGGUGAGUUUUCUUUUUUAUAAUCUCCUACCCACAGUCUGUCACAGCUGGUGCCUGUGCCUUUGUGACCCCAAAUACCACAGCUGGGAGUAGAAAUGAGCCCCCUUACCGAUUACGUUCUCCUCGCCACAGCAUCCUCUGAUGCUAUCAGGACCCUUGGCAGUUCACAAACAGCUAUACCACUCCUGCGUCUACUGACAUCUUCAGCCCCCCUUAGAAAACACACCAAAAGAAAGAAAUAAAAGGUUUAGGGUUUCCUGGAAACCAAACCCACACACCCCAGCCUGGGUCUCUGAAAAGCCAGCAGGCACUUUCUGCCCCACUCACCCGCUGCCGCCCCUCUCGCCUAGUUCACAUACCCCUCGGCGCCUCUUCCCAACGACCCCAAUCAGGGAGGGGGGAAAGAGUUGUCGGCCCCAAAGGGCAGAGGGUUAAACUGCCUCAUCAAACAGAUUGUAAUCUCGACCGUUUGGGAAACGCUGUGCGGGGAGAGUUGCAAGCAAUGGUUUGCUUUGAGCCCCACGCCCAAGCCCUUAGGGUGGCUGCUGAUGCGUUCCUUGGUGCAGAGCAUUGCGGCGCAUGCGCUAGCCAGCAGACAACCGUCCUCUUCUCCCAUGUGCAGCUAGGAAUGCUCAUUUGGCUGCCUCCCCAAUCCAGGUCCCUUCGGGUUACUUUCCCCCUUUUAAUAACAAAAGGAGACCCUGAUGAGUCAGGCCAAAGGAGCCCACCUGGGGCAGCAUCCUGUUCUCACAAUGGCUAACCAAGUUGCCUGUGGGAAAGUUGCAAGCAGGAUCCGAGUGUCACGGUCCGGUCUACGGGCGAUCGAAGUCCCGGCUGGGAACAUCGGGACCGGGGCAAGAUGGCGGGGUGGGAGCAGGAACAAGAGUCAGGAAGCCAGGGGUCCGAGGGUCAGGAAGCAAGGAGUCACAAAGUCAAGGGUCCGAGGGUCAGGAAGCAAGGAGUCAUGAAGUCAAGAGUCUGAGGGUCAGGAAGCAAGGAGUCAGGAAGUCAAGGGUCCGAGGGUCAGGAAGCAAGGAGUCACGAGGUCAAGGGUCCGAGGGUCAGGAAGCAAGGAGUCAUGAGGUCAAGGGUCCGAGGGUCAGGAAGCAAGGAGUCACGAGGUCAAGGGUCCGAGGGUCAGGAAGCAAGGAGUCAGGAAGUCAAGGGUCCGAGGGUCAGGAAGCAAGGAGUCACGAAGUCAGGGGUCCGAGGGUCAGGAAGCAAGGAGUCACGAAAUCAGGGGUCCAAGGGUCGAGAAGCAAGGAGUCACAAAGUCAGGGGUCUGAGGAUCAAGAAGCAAGGAGUCACAAAGUCGAGGGUCCGAGGGUCAGGAAGCAAGGAGUCACGAAAUCAGGGGUCCGAGGGUCGAGGAGCAGGGAGUCAUGAAGUCAAGGGUCCGAGGGUCGAGAAGCAAGGAGUCACAAAGUCAGGGGUCUGAGGAUCAAGAAGCAAGGAGUCACAAAGUCAAGGGUUUGAGGGUCGAGAAACGAGUCACAAAGUCAGGGGUCCGAGGAUCAAGAAGCAAUGAGCUGAGGUCUGAGGCUCAGGAAGCAAGGAGCCAAACGCAGCAAGGCAGGAAGCGUGUUGCUGUGGCAAAGAGCCAAAGCAAAAUGCUGACCUUAUAUCCCUUCCCAGCUCUUGCCACCAGGUGCUGUGAGUUACCAAGCAGCCUCACCUGUGCGGCCUUGCCUUGCCUCUCCAAAACAAUCUUAGGAUGACCCCAGUCCUGCGAAGCCCUACUGGUCACAGGACCUGGCUCCUGCACACACUCCUGACACCGAGCUCAAGAGCAACUCUCCCCUCCUGCAAAUGCUUUUCAGAAGCAUUGUAGCCGUCGAUGCCCCUCUGCUCCAUGAAUUUGUCUAAUUCUCUUUUGGAAGUUGUCCUAGUUGGUGGCCAUGCUGUGGAAUCAAAGUCUACAGUUUCUGCACUGCAUGAAGAAGGACUUUCUUUUCUCUGUUUUGAAUCUUCCAACAUUCGGCUUUCACUGAAUGUCCACAAGUUCCACCCAUUUUCUCUUGGCCAGGCAUAAUCUUACAGACUUCUAUCACAUCACCUUUUCCUUUUUCUCUGCACUAAAAAGUCCCAAACAUGACAACCUUUCCUCCUUAAGAGAGUUGCUCCUGGAGUGAUGCCAAUCUAUUACAACCUCAUUUCGAUUUCCCCGUUUUCUCCAGAGAGCUAUGCAUCCUGCAUGCUUUGAUGCAUCAGGCCAUGAACUCCACCCCUCGGGUCUUGGAUUUGCAAAUGGAAAGGGAUAAGAAAUGUGGCCAAAAAUAGAAUCAUAGAAUCAUAGAGUUGGAAGAGACCACAAGGGCCAUCGAGUCCAACCCCCUGCCAAGCAGGAAACACCAUCAGAGCACUCCUGACAUAUGGUUGUCAAGCCUCUGCUUAAAGACCUCCAAAGAAGGAGACUCCACCACACUCCUUGGCAGCAAAUUCCACUGUCAAACAGCUCUUACUGUCAGGAAGUUCUUCCUAAUGUUUAGGUGGAAUCUUCUUUCUUGUAGUUUGGAUCCAUUGCUCCGUGUCCGCUUCUCUGGAGCAGCAGAAAACAACCUUUCUCCCUCCUCUAUGUGACAUCCUUUUAUAUAUUUGAACAUGGCUAUCAUAUCACCCCUUAACCUCCUCUUCUCCAGGCUAAACAUGCCCAGCUCUCUUAGCCGUUCCUCAUAAGGCAUCGUUUCCAGGCCUUUGACCAUUUUGGUUGCCCUCCUCUGGACACGUUCCAGUUUGUCAAUGUCCUUCUUGAACUGUGGUGCCCAGAACUGGACACUGAGAGAAUGAUCUCAGUGCCCUCAUAGGUUGCAUUGUUCGUUCCUAUGCUUUGCUUUUCCUGAUGCACGAGAGUGCGUGAACACAUUGGGAGGACGCCACACGAACAAAGAACCCUGCUGUGACUCCAUGUGAUGCCCAGAUUGUGUCCUUGUUGUGUUUGUCGGUUCAGAUGACACCCGACACAUACACAAUUCACUCAUGCCCAAGGGAGCCCAUGCUUUCUGUUCGGGGUAAGGCCUUUCAAAGGCACCCUAGUGUGGUGCUCUUAAGAAACGAAGGCAAGAUGGUGUCGGGCCCUGUCUGGUUGCUAUAGUAACGCAGCCUGGGGUUGCCAUCUUCUCCAAUUUGCCUUGCGUUCUUGAUAGUCGGCAGUUUCACAAGAGGGCAGGGAGUUUUCCUGCAGUUUCUGAGCCUGGAGUCCAACCCAGCGACAUUUGUCAUCCUUUCUCAUUUCUGUAACACCAUUUGGCACCCAAAAAAUCUGUUUGUUGUUUUCUCUCCACCCUGCUCUUCGAUUCCCACUGGCAUUGCGUUCAAGAUGGUGGCAACUAGGGAUGGGCGAACGUGCCCACUUUGAUUUCUCAUUCUUCAGUUUGACUUCAGUCCUCCGUGUUUCCUCAUCAAUUUGUGAUAUGUAUUUUUCGUGAAAAUUCAUCGACGUUUUGGUCCAAAAUUUCCCCUGUUGCACACAUUUUCAUAUGCAGUUUUUUAAUGCACACAUUUCUUUGCAAAACGGUUUCCCCGGCGCAUUUUAAGCGUGUUAUUUUCACUGAAAAGCAUUUAUUUCAAUGCACACUUUACACUAGUAUAGUAUUUUCAUGCACAUGACUGGACUGGAGAAUUAGAUUGCAAAAUUCAGAGCAGUGCAAAUUUCAAAGGCUACUUCUCUGAAAGUGCAGAGUUGAGCCACAUUCACCCCAUACUUUUAAAGCCCUGUUAUACCAUUUUAAACAGUCAUGGCUGCCCCCAGAAUUCUUAAAUUUGUUAAGGGUGCUGGGAGUAGUUAGGACAGCCCCACAAAACUGCAAUUCUCAGAAUAGUUUAACAAUCAAUCCCUCUUCUUUGGGGAAUUUUAGCUCUGUGGGAGAAAUUGAGGCACCACCUAAUAGCUCUCAGCACCCUUAACAAACCACAGCUCCCAGAAUCCUUUGGGGGGAGCCGUGAUCAUUUAAAAUGAUAUUACAGUGCUUUAAAUGUAUGGUGCGAACACAGCUGAAGUGAAGAUUGCUUUUUGCUGCAAACUGAACCGAAUCUCUUCCCCUGAAGGACAAUGGAGAAUUGGGGAGGGGGCUCUGUUUGUCUCAAAAGAGCGGACUUUUAGCACAGCUCUUCGCCCGGAGCGAACGGGGUCCGCCCUCAUUCCUUUUUCUGCUGACGCAAGCGCCGUUUCCGAUGAGGCAAUGGAAGCUGUGACGCGGAGCUUAGACGGGAAUUAACUCCCCGUUUGCGAACCGCAUCAGCACAUAUAUAAAAUACAGAUACAUAUAUGAAUUUUUUUUGCUUAUUUGGUUUGUGUGUUUUUGCUCUCCUCUUCAUUUUGCAAUCGACCCAAUCGUGUGCACCCAGAGCUCUGUUGACCUCGCGUCAGGAGGGCGGAUUUACUGGCAUCAAUCUCUGUAUAAAAGUGAGAGUUGUUCUUUACUGGCAGAAUCUUCAAGGUGGACGGGCUGACUAAUUUAGGGGCUGACUCAUGCGGCUUCUUGUGGUUCAGGGAAGAAACCACUGGCCUCCGUGGUUUAAUUUUCCUCCCCUUUCUAUUAUUAAUAUGACAUUACACUUAGGUAGCUGCAGGUGAUGCAAUGCAAAAAAACUGUCGUUUUGCCUGCCUGUAAAGACCCAGAUACUCUCACAAAGCAGAGAGAGUGCCCUGAGGGUCUCCUUGCAACAGCCCGGCAAGGUGGACUAAGGCAGGAAUGGACAGAUGUCAACUUUUCCAGAUUGACUUCAUUAUUAUUUUUUAAACUAGACUUCCGGGGGCUGGCAACUUGAGUCAGGCGCAAACAACUUAGGUUUGUAGCCAGCAGUAUAACUCCCUAGUCAGCGUAGAGCCGUUGAAAUUAAUGAGCGUGUGCCACAUGGUGCAUCCUCUAGUUAUCUCCCACUUGGACUACUGCAAUGCGCUCUACGUGGGGCUACCUUUGAAGGUCACCUGGAAACUGCAACUAAUCCAGAAUGCUGCAGCUAGACUGGCGACUGGGAGCGGCCGCUGAGACCACAUAACACCAGUCUUGAAAGACCUACAUUGGCUCCCAGUACAUUUCCGAGCACAAUUCAAAGUGUUGGUGCUGACCUGUAAAGCCCUAAACGGCCUCGGUCCAGUAUACCUGAAGGAGCGUCUCCACCCCCAUCGUUCUACCUGGAUACUGAGGUCCAGCUCCGAGGACCUUCUGGCGGUUCCCUUGCUGUGAGAAGCCAAGCUACAGGGAACCAGGCAGAGGGCCUUCUCGGUGGUGGCGCCAGCCCUGUGGAACGCCCUCCCACCAGAUGUCAAAGAGAAAAAUAACUACCAAACUUUUAGAAGACAUCUAAAGGCAGCCCUGUUUAGGGAAGCUUUUAAUGUUUAAUAGGUUAUUGUAUUUUAGUGUUCUGUUGGUAGCCGCCCAGAGUGGCUGGGGAAACCCAGCCAGAUAGGCGGGGUAUAAAUAAUAAAUUAUUAUUAUUAUUAUUAUUAUUAUUAUUAAUUUCAGUGGAUCUGUUUGAGUAGGAUUGAGAUGAGGUGCAGCUCGUAAGACCUAACCCUGCAGCAAAAUACACCCACUCCAGAUCUAAUUUCUACCCACACACUUGAGCUGAGAGGCAAGGCUUGUGUGCACAUUACUGUGGACACGGGUGCAAGCCGCCUCUCUGCACAUGGGCAAGGGGUCGUGUGAAAGAGUCCCGGAUGCUGGACCAGAUGGGUCCUUGGGGUCUGAUCCAGCAGCCAAGCUCUUCUUAACGCCGUAUAAAAUGCCGUGACAAAGGGUGGGAAAAUAGAUUUUCUUGUGCUUCUGUUUCACGUCUCGGGGGUCUUCCGUCUCCCCUUCCCACAGCCACCUGCAGAGGUGUGAUGCAGCCCUCUCCCCUUUCAUGUGGUUUGUUGUGCCAACAUCCCUGCCUCCGCACGGUGGGUUCUCCCCGGUGCCACCCCAGGGUGGUUAAACAUUUCUGGUGCGAGAAGCGAGGGGGUCGUUCUGCCUCGAAGCAGCUGCCUCGUUGCUCCCCCUGCCAUCACUCGCCGCAGCUGAGCUGCGGUUAUUCAGUGGGGAAAUGUUCUCUGCACGUGCCUUGGGGCACUGUUGUCGACGACGAUUUGCGACUCGCGGCUCGUGGUCCCGGGGCUGCGCGGUGGCUUUGAAAAAGAAGGUUCUGCAGUUGAGAGACUUGGGGAAGGACCCAGGAGUCCUGCGGCAACUGUUAGCGUGAUAGCAGAGCAAAGGCAGAACCAGUUCAAUUGCAAGCGAAAGACCAAAACGACCCAACAGGGGUUGAGGGGAAGAAAUUCACAACUAAAAAUGGCGUGUUUUUGGUCGCCGGCAUGAAAGCAACAAGAGAGGAACCAACAUCUUGGUUCCCAGGGGGUGAGAUUUGGAGAUAUUGGGGUGUAUUCCAUUUAUAUUCUCUCACACAAUACAGAUCCUUUUAGCUCUGCCCCAAACCUGUGUAGGGGAUUUUUUGGAAAAUAUCGAGGCAGCGGCAUUGUGUAACUUACGUAAGGCAGGCAGGCAGCCCCAGACUAAGGGCCCUGCUAAAAAUCUGUCUUCACGCCAUCCUUUCCAGUUUGCAAAAGCACUGAGCUAUUUCAUUGGUCCUAACAGCAACUCCAGGGACCUAGGCCCACUUUCCUGCAAAACUGAAAGGUAGUGACUUCUCCGUGGUGACUGGUUCAGGCAGGAUUCGAACUCAGGUCCCUGUGAAAGGUGGGGAGGUUCCGUUUGGUUCCUAGAAAGUAUGAGCAGGAAGUCCUUUCCCUUACCACCUCAAACCCCUACCGAAAACAUGUGAGCUGGUAAGGAUUUUGAAAGCCGAAAGGGACGGACCCUUCUCAUAUGCUCAGAAGCUCUCUUGCCGGGUGGUGUUCUGAAAGCCAGCGAGGAAGAAUGUAGUGCAAGGGUGCCCCCUAGUGGACCAAGGUCUGUAUUGCAGCUGGUGCUUUUUGCCAAAAGGGGACAAAAUGUACCUAUCUUUCCUAAACAGUCUGGAAAAUGACAGAAGAAUAACUCUUUCCUGACAAGCCCCAUAAUGUCACUCACUGGGGUAUUGGGCUCCAAAGACGUCCAUUUCCUCUCUAACUCUUUUGCCUUAUUUCCUGGCAGUAGCAAAAGCCGGGUAGCAUCUUUCAAGGGCGACGGGGUACUUUGUGCUCUCAGCAGUGAAGUUUGGAGUUCAAAUCAGAACCUGCGAGAUCUGGGCCUCGUUUCAGAUCCUCACGUGUGGGCCGAAAAAGCAGAGGUUCUUCUUCCAUUUAAAGACCAGAGCAUGUUAUCCACGUUAUACUCUAUAUUUGACUUUUCUUCAGAUUGCUUUAUUUAUGUCUUAUGGAUUUAAUAUACUGAAACAGCUUUGAAUUUUUUUCUUAAAAAUAUAAAGCGGUAUAGAAAUUAAAUAAAUAAAUCCAGAUUUAAGUGAGUAACCUGACCUAACAAGCAUAAGGAACUGCGGUCUUUCAGGAGGCUUUCAAAGAAGAUUAAACAAAUUCAGAUGCCUUUUAAAAGUCAGAUAGUUGCUUAUUUCCUUGACAUCUGGUAGGAGGGUGUUCCACAAGGCAGGUGCCACUACCGAGAGGGCCCUCUGCCUGGUUCCCUGUAACCUCACAUCUCGCAAAGAGGGAACCGCCAGAAGGCCCUCAGCGCUGGACCUCAGUGUCCGGGCUGAACGAUGUGGGUGGAGAUGCUCUUUCAGGUAUACUGGGCCGAGGCCAUUUAGGGCAUUCAAGGUCAGCACCAACACUUUGAAUUGUGCUCGGAAACGUACUGGGAGCCAAUGUAGGUCUUUCAAGACCGGUGUUAUGUGGUCUCAGCAGCCGCUCCCAGUCACCAGUCUAGCUGCCGCAUUCUGGAUUAGUUGUAGUUUCCGGGUCACCUUCAAAGGUAGCCCCACGUAGAGCGCAUUGCAGUAGUCCAAGCAGGGCUGAGUGAGAUCAAUACCAUUUUAACUAAUGAGUGACGAAGUGAACCAAGUUUUAAUGACAAAACGAAUGCAAGGAUGAGUUCCUAACUCCCUAUACAGCUCAGAAGCAGGUAAAUGGAGAGACCACUUUAGCCCUUAUACACCUAGUAAAAAAGGUAAAGGUAAAGGACCCCUGACCAUUAGGUCCAGUCGUGGCCGACUCUGGGGUUGCGGCGCUCAUCUCGUUUUACUGGCCGAGGGAGCUGGCAUACAGCUUCUGGGUCAUGUGGCCAGCAUGGCUAAGCUGCUUCUGGAGAACCAGAGCAGCACACGGAAACACCGUUUACCUUCCCGCCGGAGCGAUACCUAUUUAUCUACUUGCACUUUGACGUGCUUUCGAACUCCUAGGUUGGCAAGAGCAGGGAUCGAGCAACGGGAGCUCACCCCAUUGUGGGGAUUCGAACCACCGACCUUCUGAUCGGCAAGCCCUAAGCUCAGUGGUUUAGACCACAGCGCCACCCACGUGGCAUAUACACCUAGUAGAUUGCUUCAGUCCAUGAGAGAGCCUUUCCCGCAAGCUUCAAAGAUCUCACAAUCCCCCUCCACAGGAACCCAGAGCAGGGCUUUUAGGGUGGCCGUCCCUGUUCUGUGGAACAGCAUCCCUGGCGAGAGGCAUCAGAAAUCACUGAAGACGUUUUUUGUUCCCACAGGCUUACCCAGCUGCACAAAUGGGUCUUUGCAACUUGUUAGAGUUUUAGUCUUCUUUUAAACCUAUAUGUUGCUUUUGUGUUUUUAAAACUGUUCUCGCUUACCUCGUGUGUGUGUGUGUGUGUGUGAAUCGCCUUGAGGCUCCGGUUUGGAAAGCGAUUAACAAAUCAGUUGCAAGAACAAAAACAACCCUAAUUUCUGCGAGCUCCUAAUGAAUGCAAGCGUAAAAUGGAAGUUCUUUAUUUAAACCAGAUUUUGCCUUCUUUGCUUCUUAUUUUAACCAGAUUUUGCCUUCUUUGUUUCUCCCUCCUCCCUUACUACAGCCCAGAUCGAGGUGAUCCCCUGCAAGAUCUGCGGAGACAAGUCCUCCGGGAUCCACUACGGCGUCAUCACUUGCGAAGGGUGCAAAGUGAGUCAGAAGAGGCAGCCACAACCUGCUAUGGGCAUAGCUGACAACCGUCCCUUAUUUGGCGGGAAAGUCCCUUAUCCCAGUGCCGUGUCCCGCUGCUGUCCCUUACUGAUGAUGUCCCUUAAAUUUCCCCGGUUUCAAAGGAAGCAGUUCCUCUCCCUCCCUCCCUGCCAGCCAGGGAGGAGGGAGGCUCCAACUGUGUUGCUUGGAUGCGUUGCUCACCCAAUAAGGAGUCAUAAGAAUGACUGGGGGGUGGAGCUUGCAUGCCUUGUGCCGAUCAAAUCGGCCACGUUGCCUGGGGACUCGCCUUUGCUCAGCGCUUCCCAGCGGAGAGGUGACGGUGGUUUUCCUUGCUGCAUCCCCUUUGCCGGGUUGCUGCGCUGUGGGAACCACCGCUUAAGGCUUCGUUUGGCUGCUGGCUGGGCUUUCUGCCUUUGGCUCGGAGGGGCUCAGAAGUUGAACAUACCUGUGCUGGGAAAAUCCCUUAUUUUGGCUGCUGAUCCCUCAUUUUUGAGGCUGCUGGUCCCUUAUUUUCAAAUCCGUAAGUUGACAGCUAUGGCUAUGGGUUCCAUGGCACUCACCAGUGCCAUAGAAACCCAGAUCAGCUAAGGGUGUUAUCCUGCAAAGGCCAAACUACAACAAUUCAGUGGGAGUUGUGGCCCCAAAACAUCUGAUUUUAUAAAUAAACUAGGAUUCUGGUAGAUCCAUUCCAGCUCCAUAUAAAACAUUUUUGGUCUUCUUAAGUAAAAAUAGGAGCUUUGGGCAAAUUACGAAAACUGAAACGUGGAUUUAAUUGUGGAUGUUGUUUUGGUUGUAGGUUAGGAAAGAAAACCAUGACUGCUAUAAAGGGGGGGGGGAAUAGUGUUAUGUAUUAUGGAAUGUUACGUUCAAUACAAUAUUCUUAAUUCUGUUUGUUAGUGUUAGCUGUUAGCGUUGUUAGGAGUUCCUCUUUCAGAGAGCAGCAGUUUUCCCAGGGUGGUUUAACAAUCGAUCCCUUUUCCCAGAGGAACUCUGGGGAUUGUCGUUCUGGGAAGACAACACCUCUCAGCAUUUUUAACAGUGCCAGAUUUACGUAUAAGCUAAAUAAGCUAUAGUUUAGGGCCCCACUCUCUUGGGGGGGGAGCCCAAAAAAAUUUAAAGGGAAAAAACAACUGGAUGUACAUUUCCAAAAUAUAAGAUAAAGAACAAAUAAAAUAAAACCUACAUACAGCAACAGUGUUUUGUGUUGUGUAGGCUCCUAGGAUGUAAGUCAUGGGCCCCGCCUACUAGCCUGCUCCCUAAAAUAUCACUGGUUUGCUCCUUUCUAUAUAUCGGGUGCCUAUAUUCUGCAUGGACUGGUUGCAUGGCCACAUGUACAAAUGGCUUGAGAUACUUAUUAGGUCCAUAAAUUAGCAUAUAGCAUAUAUUCAACAACAAAAAACCAGUGACAAUUUGAUAUUGCCUAAGGACAGCUGAAGGGACGUGGGUGGCGCUGUGGGUUAAACCACAGAGCCUAGGACUUGCCAGUCAGAAGGUCAGCGCUUCGAAUCCCCGCGAUGGGGUGAGCUCCCGUUGCUCGGUCCUGCCUCCUGCCAACCUAGCAGUUCGAAAGCACGUCAAAGUGCAAGUAGAUAAAUAGGUACCGCUCCAGCGGGAACGUAAACGCCGUUUCCAUGCGCUGCUCUGGUUCACCAGAAGCGGCUUAAUCAUGCUGGCCACAUGACCCGGAAGCUGUAUGCCGGUUCCCUCGGCCAAUAAAGCCAGAUGAGCGCUGCAACCCCAGAGUUGGUCACGACUGGACCUAAUGGUCAGGGGUCCCUUUACCUUUACCUUUUUAAGGACAGCUGGACCUAUAAAGGGCCCCAUUACCUUCAGUAGCUCAGGGCCUCAUCAGACCUAAAUCCGGCCCUGAUCCGUAACAAAGUGCAGUUUCCGAGAUUCGUUGGAGCAGCAGUUCUCAACCUGUGGGUCCCCAGAUGUUGUUGGACUACAACUCCCAUCAUCCCUGAGCUCUGGCCUUGCUAGCUAGGGGUGAUGGGAGUUGUAGUUCAACAACAUCUGGGGACCCACGGGUUGAGAAUGGCUGCUUUGGAGGAAGCCGCGAUGGUUUUAAGUGGGGUGAUAGUGCUUUAAAUGGGUAGUGCGGAUGAUGCCCGUAUUCUGAGGGGGUCCAACUCUCUCUCUCUCUCUUUCUCGGCCUUCUGCUCUCAGGGUUUCUUCCGGCGGAGCCAGCAAGGGAAUGUGACCUACUCUUGCACCCGACAGCAGAACUGCCAAAUCGACCGCACCAGCCGAAACCGGUGCCAGCACUGCCGUUUGCAGAAAUGUCUCAGCCUCGGCAUGUCUCGGGACGGUAAGAGACGGGUUGGUGGCAGGGUGGAUAAAAAUCAAUGAUUUAAAAAAAAAAAAAUCGGAUUUUUAUUUUCAUUUAAAUCGAAUUUUUAAAAUAAAAUGCUUUUGGAGGAAAAAAUCUUUCUAAGGGUAGUUUUCUAUUUCCAAAGGCUACUCAUCAGGAAAUAAGGAUUUGUUUUAAGUUUUUCAUGUGUGCUAAAACUCAGUCUAAGGUGUUUAAAAACAAACUGUUUAACCACAUCAGUUAACAAAAAUAGAUACAUAUGCUAUAAUGUUACUGCUUUAGUUAAAUAAAUUGCUUAAAUUUUUAUUAAGGAAAUGAUUAUUUUUCUCCUUCCAAUAAAGUACAGCAGAAAAGUUGUCCAAAUAUAAACAGUUAACUUACUGAACCGCACGAUAAUUUCAUGAUUAUCUGUCAAUGUGUUUCUAAUUGUAUAACCAAAUCAGUGUUUUUGAUAUAACUGUAACAACUACUCUGGAAAUUUAUUAUUCCAAAAAUGAAGCCUGCAUCUGGUUGUAAAAAUAUGAGAUUGUGCCAGCAAGAAUGAGUCUUUCUGUAAAAAAAAAAAAAGAUUUAAAUCAAGUCUUACUGACUAGUGUGAAUGUGGCCUUAAUCAUGUCAAUAAUAAUAAUAAUAAUACAGUGGUACCUCGGGUUAAGUACUUAAUUCGUUCCGGAGGUCCGUACUUAACCUGAAACUGUUCUUAACCUGAAGCACCACUUUAGCUAAUGGGGCCUCCUGCUGCUGCCGCACCGCCGGAGCACGAUUUCUGUUCUUACCCUGAAGCAAAGUUCUUAACCUGAAGCACUAUUUCUGGGUUAGUGGAGUCUGUAACCUGAAGCGUCUGUAACCCGAGGUACCACUGUAAUAAUAAUAAUAAAUAUUCAUACCCAGCCACUCUGGGCAGCUCCCAACAGAAUAUUAAGAACACGAUAAAACAUCAAACAUUAAAAACUUCCCUAAAAAGGGCUGCCUUCCGAUGUGUUCUAAGUCAGAUACAGUCAUACCUCGGGUUACAGACGCUUCAGGUUAUGUUUUUUCAGGUUACGGACCUGCCAAAACCCGGAAGUUCCAGAAUGGGUUGCUUCUGGGUUUGGGGGGUCGCGCAUGUGCAGAAGCGCCGAAUUGCAACCCGUGCGUGUGCAGACAUGCUGUUGCGGGUUGCGAACGCUGCAAGUUGCGAACGUGCAUCCUGCAAGGAUCACGUUCGCAACCCAAGCGUCCACCGUAGUUGUUUAUCCCCUUGACAUCUGAUGGGAGGGCGUUCCACAGGGCGGGCGCCACCACCGAGAAGGCCCUCUGCCUGGUUCAGGCAGGAACAUCCGACCAAUGUGUAACAAACCUCAUUUUUCCUCCCCAGCCGUCAAAUUUGGCCGGAUGUCCAAGAAGCAGCGAGACAGCCUCCACGCUGAAGUCCAGAAGCAGCUGCAGCAGCAGCAGCAGCAGGACGGAGAGGCUUCGCCUUACUCCCUGGGUGUCGCCAACGGGCAGCUGAAGUUGGCUCCCCCGCCGGACCUCCUGGAGGCCUCGGCCUGCUCCACCACCGCCCUCCUGAACGGCCAGGCGCGCCUCAGCCAGUGCCCGGACGAGACGGCCGCCUUGGCUUACUCCAACGGACUUGCCAAGGCCCAGAGCAUUCUGGGAGAGGACCUGCGUGCUCCCUUCACCAAAGAGUACAGCCCUGAGCGCAUCAAGAUGGAGAGCCGGGGCAGCGUCUAUUACGCCCUGGGGACGCAGGCAUCGCCGGAGCUCUCGCACCCGGACGCCCACGGGGCGAAGCGGCCGGUAUGCAGUGAGGGGGAGAGCCUCGACUUCUACACCGCCCCCAGCUUCACCAGCCUCUUGGAGUCCCCAAACUCGUCCCUGACGGAGAUCGGUGAGUGGAAGGAAGAGGGUGGACUUUUCUAGCUCGGCAAUUUUGAGCCACGGCACCGAGGGGUGAAGCAGUAUGGGGUUGUGCUGGCCAGGCAGGUCAAAGGCUUGUUGCUGGUUCUGCAACAAGGUCCCUUUCUCCAACGCCAUGGUGUCACGGUCCGGUUCAUGGGCAAUCGAAGUCCUGGCAGGGGACGUCAGGACCGGGGGCAAGAUGGCGGGUGGGAGCAGGGACAGGGAUCCAGAAGCCAGGAGUCCGAGGGUCAGAGAGCCGGGAGUCAAGAAGCCAAGGGUCUGAGGGUCUGAGGGUCAGGAAGCAAGGGGUCACAAAGUCAGGGGUCCGAGGAUCAAGAAGCAAGGAGUCAAGAAGACAGGGGUUUGAGGGUCAAGAAGCAAGGAGUCACGAAGUCAAGGGUCCGAGGGUUGAGGAGCAAGGAGUCAAGAAGCCUAGGUUCAAGGAUCAGGAAGCAAGAAGCCAAACGCAGCAAGGCAGGAAGCGUGUUGCUGUGGCAAAGAGCCGAAGGGAAAUGCUGACCUUAUAUCCCUUCCCAGCUCCUGCCACCAGGUGCUGUGAGUUACCAAGCAGCCUCACCUGUGCGGCUGCGCCUUGCCUCUCCAGGCCAAACUCAUGAAGGCCCCGGUCCUGCAAAGCCCUACUGGUCACAGGGCCUGGCUCCUGCACGCACUCCUGACACAUGGAGCCCCCUGGCCAGCAAGCAAGGGGAGCUUCCUCUCACCCUUUGGGGCUGAUCGGUGCCAGUCAGAGGGAAAGGGGGCGAGUUGGCCACUGAGAAUAGGCUCCUGGGAUCUCUCUGGAGCAGGAAGAAGGAGGGUUCUUCCAUGUACUCCAAAGCUCAUAUAUCUUUCUUUCCAUACAGUCAUACUUCUUGCUACGUUCAGUUCAGGUUACGUCUUUUCAGGUUGCGUCCUCUCAGUUUGCGAACGGGGCUCUGGAACGGAUCCCGUUCGCAACCAGAGGUACCACUGUACAAUUUAACAAAUUCAAUUCCGUUUCCUUGCAAAAUUCCCUUAGCGUUUUGACUUACUUCCACCCUUACUUCCAUGACGUUUCUGUUCAAAUCCUUCUAUCUACAUACCCUCCAACAUUUCUCAGCGUGCCCAGUCUUCUUUGGAGAGCCAUCCAAAGAUCUGGUGCCCGUUCACUGCGAGAGAGAGAGAGAGAGAGAGAGAGAGAGAGAGUUCACAGCGCAAAUAAGUCACCCUCUUUUAUCUGCCCCGAAUCUUCCAACCGUUCCAAAAACCGAACCGCGGAGAACGGAAGAAAACGGGAAACGGAGAGAAUUGGUGGGCGGAUGGAAGAACAGGGAAUGCGCAGGCUGUGAUUUGGGUCGGAAGCACACACAGAGACACCCGCCACUUCCCCUCUUUUCCAGUGGGGCAGGGGGAGGAGCCAGAGGAGGAGGGGGAGUGGCUAGGUGAGUGACCUGUUCACCUCUUCCCCGCCGUUCCCCAGAGCACCUCACACAGAACGUCAUCAAGUCCUACCGAGAGACGUGCCAGCUGCGCCUGGAGGACCUCCAGCUGCUGAGAUGGGAGACCUUUACCCGGGAGGAAGUGGGGAGCUACCAGAAAAAGGUGAGGGGACUCUCCUCAGUGCCGAAAGGCUCCGCCUCUUUACCGUGUGGGGUAUUGUCUGUAAGCUGCCUUCUUAUUAUUAUUUAUUGAAUUUAUCAAUCAAUCUUUAUUACGGUGGAAGGGGACGACCGAGGGUUGGCGCCUGGUAACUCUGGUUUCCACUCAAUUGGCGUCACAAGUGUGGUGUAGUGGUUAAGAGCGGUGGACUCGUAAUCUGGUGAACCGGGUUCGCGUCUCCGCUCCUCCACAUGCAGCUGCUGGGUGACCUGGGCCAGUCACACUUCUCUGAAGUCUCUCAGCCUCACUCACCUCACAAAGUGUUUGUUGUGGGGGAGGAAGGGAAAGGAGAUUGUUAGCCGCUUUGAGACUCCUUCGGGUAGUGAUAAAGAGGGAUAUCAAAUCCAAACUCUUCUUCUUCUUCUUCUUCUUCUUCUUCUUCUUCUUCUUCUUCUUCUACUGAGCACUCAGUUUUCGAGCAGCUAGCGCUGGGGAUCACUUUGCAUCUGGAAUCCAAGAGUAUCGUUCUUGUUUCAGCUUAUAUCCCACCAUAUCCAGUGCAAAACAGAUCGAGAGCACAUGGCGUAAAUUCCAGUUUCCUUUAAUGGUAAAGGUACCCCUGACCAUUAGGUCCAGUCGCGGAUGACUCUGGGGUUGCACGCUUUUCUCACUCUAUAGGCCGAGGGAGCCGGCGUUUGUCCGCAGACAGCUUCCGGGUCAUGUGGCCAGCAUGACUAAGCCGCUUCUGGCGAACCAGAGCAGCACACGGAAACGCCGUUUACCUUCCCGCCGGAGCGGUACCUAUUUAUCUACUUGCACUUUGACGUGCUUUCAAACUGCUAGGUGGGCAGGAGCUGGGACCGAGCAACGGGAGCUCACGCCGUCGCGGGGAUUCGAACUGCCAACCUUCUGAUCGGCAAGCCCUAGGCUCUGUGGUUUAACCCACAGUGCCACCCGCGGCCCUACAGUUUCCUUUACUCCCUACAAACUAAGUACCCCAGAUCACCAUUUUACAUAAUAGGAGAUAUGAAUGCCAGAAUAGGCUCAAAUGAUGAUAGCCUGGAAAUAAAAUUCCCAAUAUUAAGAGAUCUAAAGGAAAAUAGUGCCCUCUUUCUAAACCCACCCCCUCGUAGACAUUCAAAAGAUUCUCAAAUCAACUAUACUGGCUUCUGCCUGGCUUUUUUACAAAUAAGUCUUAACCUUAUCAUUGUUAAUGGAGUGCUCCUCCGAGACAGAGAAGGCGAGUACACAUUCAUAAAUACAAAUGGAGCCAGCACAGUAGACUACUGUCUCACUAACAGGGAGGCUUUCGAAUCAAUUAAAAAAUUCAACAUCGAUAUUAGGACUGAAAGCGAUCACCUACCUCUAAUCGUCUCCACUACUGGCCAAAAUUCAAUUCAGCGCUCUUAGGUAGAACAUGAGGAAAUAGAUAAAGCAAAUGAUCCAGCAUUGCGCAGAAAAAAAUGGCUACACCUGAGAUCGCAAUUGCAGCUGAGAAGAGAUGGAAUUCACAAACUGCAGUUAAGACCAGUUAUGAUUAACAAUUUAUCAAUAGAUUAAUAAGCCCUGACGGCUUACGAAAAUCUCAUUGAGUCCUAGCAGGAUGUGGUCUCUGUCAACAUAAACUCAGCCGGCAAGCCUGUUGCGUGGCGAGUCCCCCUCCCCCUUGUGAAAUGAAGACACAGGACACAUUAUUUAAGGUUAAUGGGCGUAAAAGGCCACAACUUUAUUGAUUACAGGAAUUGAGAGGUAUUGGCCUUAGGCAUUGGUUCCUAUUGACUACCCGGCAUGGAAGGGUUAACCACCAGCCAGGGGAGUCCUGCUGAAGUACGCCAGCUAGGAUCCCACGGGUGUCACCGCUCGGGGGCAUGGCUUAGGUUUACACCUCCAUAGGCUUCGGACAGAGCAACGCCCCCCAGAGUCCUCUACCGGACUACCCUUCACCUUGGGGGAAGGUGAUGGCGCUUCCUUCCCCCCCUUCAUUUGCAAAACAAUUACCCCUGCCAAUGCCUAACUGCCAAUACCGGGAAAGUUGUGACGUUUGCUACGAGGUAGGCGAAAAAACCAAAUGGCUGGAUAUUUGCCAAACGGAAAAAUUCCUACCAGGCCCCUUGCGGCGACCAACCAGAGUCCAUAGCAAGGUCAACGCUGGCUAAACCUAAGGGAGGGUGGGAUGGGAAGCAGCAGCAGCUGGAACGGGGAAAAGAGGGCAGUCCCCAGGUGCGCCAGCCUUAAAUGUGUUAGGCUACGCCUCCCCGGCCUGUUGAUUGGCUGGCCGGGGCGGUGACGCGCCCGAGGAUUCCCCUACUCUGGCGGGGGCUGUGAGCCAGCCCCCGCAUGCAUGGGGAGGGGGUGGACCCGCAACCCCACCUCCUCCCCAGCUCAGAAGUGGCUCUAUUGAAUUUAUAUACCACCCUAUACUUGGGGUGGUCUCAGGGCGGUUUGCAGAAUUAAAUCAAGGCUUCUGUGACUGUGCCACUUCUGCAGAUUGAACCAGCCGAGUGGGCAAAUUGGGGGGCGAGGCGAUCUCACAGGUGAACUAGUCCCAAGCCCUUAAGGGCUAUUAUUUAUAUACUAAUGGUAACACCCCAGACUUGGCGCGAUUCCUCUCCCUCGCUGCCAACGCCACCGUGCGUAAGCAUUCUGCUGGCGUGCGCUUAAUUUGGUGGAAUGCCUAAGCCGGUGCGGAAUGGGGCGGUUUGGGGCGAGCGAGAAAGCUCCCUUUGAUUUCAGCCGCUCCCGUUGAGUAACGAGUGAUCCUUUGCUCUGUGUAUGCCUUGAAUGACUGAACCAGUGACUCAGCCUGGCAGAUGGGCCAGGGAGGCGGGCAAGUCACCUCUCAGCACCAGCCUCAGAGAGCCUUGGGAUGAAUCCCUCUUUUUUGCUUGCUCACUGUGAUUUACUGCUGGCUCUUUCCUGUCCCUAUAGUGGGUUUUCCCCCCCAUCCCAAUCUCUCUCUCUCUCUCUCUCCUUCCAGUCCAUGGAAGAGAUGUGGGAGCGCUGCGCCUGUCGCAUCUCCGAGGCCAUCCAGUACGUGGUGGAGUUCGCCAAGCGCAUGGACAGCUUCAUGGACCUGUGCCAAAACGACCAGAUCGUGCUCCUCAAAGCGGGUGAGGAACGGAGCUUCUUUGGGCGGGUCGCAGUUAGGCUUCUGUAGUUGCCGGACAUUUUAUGGAGCGAAAUCAGCUGAGAAAGAGAGAGGAGAGUCCAUGUGGCUUUGGCCCAGACUAUCUGCAAGGUCGUACCUCCUGAUAACAUACCUGCCCAGGAGCUUAAAAUCCUCAUCUCUCGUUCCCAUCAAUAUCACACUGACACGGGAGAGCCUUUUCUGUGGCUGCUCCCAGAUUGUGGAAUCCCCUUCCAAGAGAAUCUUUAUUUUUUAAUACAUUUUUAUUCAUUUUUAAAAUAUUAAUUAACAUUCAUACGACAGAACUUCUCAUCUUAUACAAUAUUUUUUGGACUUCCGUCAACACCUCUGAUGAUUUUACGUACUUACUAUGCAUUUCUUAAUUUCAUAUUACCUUUAAAUAUCUUUAACUAAUAAUUCUCCUCAUUGUCCUUUUUUUUUUUUGCAGUAUUUCUAAUAAUUCACCUUACAAAACUUCUUGCAAACCUACUAGCAUAAUAAUCUGUUCGUCACAAUUACUUUUCAAAUAGUCCGUAAAUUUACUCCAGUCUUAUGAGAAUCUCUGAUCCCACAGGUUUUGAAUCCUUCCUGUUAGUUUAUCUAAUUCUGCAUAGUCCGUCAUUUUCAUCCUCCAAUUCUUCUUUCAUCGGUAAUUCUUCUUUCUUCCUAUUUUGUGCCAAUAGUAUUCUCGCUGCAGGCUUUGCAUAUAAGAACAACUUCCAAUCCUUUCUAUUUAUAUCAUCUCCUACAAUGCCAAGUAAAAAUGCUUCUGGUUAUAUACAUAUAAAUGUAUAUUUCAACUUUUUUUCAUCUCAUUGUAAAUCAUUUCCCAGAAGCUUUUCCCUCCCAAGAGAAUCUAGACUGGCUCCUUUUUGGUUAUAUUUCUGCCUUCUGGCUAAAACCCGGAGACAGACCUUUGGGAAACGAGAAGGAAGCAGCGAGAGGCAGGGAAAAUUCGUUUUCGUUUGGGGAGAGAGCUGAGGAUUUAGGCCCAAGUCUGAGAUGAGUUUUGAGUUCCUGCUAUGGCAACGGUCAUAGAAUCCUAGAAUUGUAGAUUAGGAAGGGACCACGAGGGUCAUCUAGUCCAACCCCGAGCAAUGCAGGAAUUUUUCGCCCAACCUGGGAUUCGAACCCGCAACCCUAAGAUUAAGAGUCUCCUGCUGUACUGACUGAGCCAUCCCAGCUCACGUCUGAGGGCUAAGGAGGUGGCGUUUGUGCUUCUUCCAAGUCUCCGCUUUCCCAACUCUCUUUAUCUGCCUUUUUAACUGCUGGCACCCAGGGUGGGAGAAAUAUUCCAUUCAUUCUGUACACAAUCCUACCCAACUCCCAAGAAAAUAGCACUUUUACAGCCGCUCUUGGAAAUUCGCAGCUCUCUGAAUUUUGCAGCGUAGUUAAACAACACACACCUGCACGCCCUGCAAAUUAGUGGUCUCCAACACAGUUUUACUCAAGAGUAGACCCACCAAAAUGAUUGGAACCAUGUUCAACGAGCCCACUCUGAAGAGGACAAGUGGUGGGUGCAAACCCAAUGUAUUGGGGGGAAAGUUUGGAUUAAAAAUGGGUAUAUUUGCAAGUGCAGUGUAUCGUAGUAUUAAAUUGCUUGAAAACAUAUUAUGUUGGGCAAGGAGAAAGGCAAACAUUAAUAUGCUGACCUGAUUCGGUGAAGAUAUUUUUUAAAAUCUUAAACUACAGACAAGAAAAGCCUCCAAAGAUCAGACUUUCCAAGAGCAAAUUUUGGAAUUUAUGAAAGAUAAUAAGCAGGGUUUGCAGAGUCCUGCAAUUGAGGUCAGAGCACUGUCUCCAGGAAUUUUAAAAAGACUUUGGAAUUUUGCGCAAAGACCUCCAAGAGGUUAAAACAGAAGUUGCAGGUUUGCAAAAAAGGGUAUUAGAGAUUGAAAAUGUUAAAAUUGCAGAUUUAGAAAGAUUACAGGAAGAAUCGCAAUCUGCAGCAGCUUUUUUACAGCUUAGGGAAGCUGCUUCAGUGAAGAUAUUUUUUAAAAUCUCAAACUGGUGAACGAGGUUGGAGGAAUGAAAAACUGGGUGUCCACUAGGGCCACCCUUAGAUGAUACUUGCUUUGGGGGGGUCUCUUCCCAGUCUAGCCCUGGGAAUGAGGUGUUGGAGUCCCCACUAUCUCCCCACCCUCCCUGAAAAGGGGUGCCCAGCUUGGCUGCCCCCCACAAUCCCACCUCCUUCCAAAGGUGAGGCAGGUUUUGAGAGAAAAGUCUGCACCUUCCUAUUUUUGCUUCAUCCUUGCCUUUUAAGUCUUUAUUUUCGUUUUGCUUCCGCCCCGCCAGGUGCCAUGGAAGUAGUUCUGGUGAGGAUGUGUCGUGCCUUCAAUUCCGAGAACCGGACGGUCUUCUUUGAAGGGAAAUACGCCGGCCCAGAGCUCUUCAAAUCCCUCGGUACGACGGCGACCGUCAUCUCCGGACGAUAGACUAAAAAAACGGAAUGAGCCCACUAUGGGUCCCAAGGCCGAUAGUUGUGCCAUCGAAAAGAAGUUGAGGAAAGGGGGAUAAGUCUUUGGAGGUGGGGGUUUCCAGGGUGUAACAGGCCAUGCUUUGAGCUUUCGGCUUGGCCUACCUUGCAGGUUUGUUGCGGGGAUUUAAUGAGGGGGUAGACAGACCCACGUAUUUGCCACCUUGAGCUCCGGGCAGCGAAAAAUGAGAUAUGAAUGCCCCCCCCAAGCAAAUAGUUUUAAAAAAGGAAAUGCCCAUUAAAGCUAAGUGAAGCUCUCUGUGAACCAAACAGGCUGAUAAUUAACUGAGAAUGCAUCUCUGCUGCUCUCUCAUGUGGUGUUUAACUUAGAUUACAUGUGAGGGUAUUCAGCUGCAAAUUUCCAUUUUGCGGGAGUUGUCUUUGUUAUCAAGCCACCUUGUGCUGAUGCUUCUCUCUGUGGAGAUGCAGGCUGCAUGGAGAGAAAGAACUUUGGUUUCAGUUCUGUUUGGAGUAAUUUUACAUUUCUAUGAAGAUGUACCUGUGCUUAGACAAGCACAUGAUUUUGGGCAACUAUUUGAACGUAUCGCUAUUGUUGUAAGUCUGUUUUGAAGAAAGUUCUGCUUUAUUAAAGCUUUGGAACCCAAAUAAAUAGAGAUAAAGUAAAGGUAAAAGUACCCCUGACCUUUAGGUCCAGUCGUGGCCAACUCUGGGGUUGCGGCGCUCAUCUCACUUUACUGGCCGAGGGAGCCGGCGUACAGCUUCCGGGUCAUGUGGCCAACAUGACUAAGCCGCUUCUGGCAAACCAGAGCAGCGCACGGAAACGCCGUUUACCUUCCCACCAGAGCAGUACCUAUUUAUCUACUUGCACUUUUACAUGCUUUUGAACUGCUAGGUUGGCAGGAGCAGGGACUGAGCAAUGGAAGCUCACCCCGUCGCAGGGAUUCGAACCACCGAUCUUCUGAUCAGCAAGUCCUAGGCUCUGUGGUUUAACCCACAGUGCCACCCGCAUCCCUAGAAAUAGAGAUAGGAACUCACUAAUAAAUAGGUUGAUUACCUUUUUGUUGUUGUCACUGACCCAAGUCUCCCCAUCCUCUACCUCCAGGAUGCAACGAGUUGAUCAACUCCAUCUUCGACUUCGCUCACAGUCUCUGCGCUCUGCACUUCUCUGAGAACGAAAUGGCCCUCUUCACGGCGCUGGUGCUUAUUAACUCAAGUAAGAGGCUGCCGAUUCAUCCUGCGCCAUGUUUGAGGAAGUUGCUGGAGGUGGCAGAGGGCAGGGUCCUUGUGGCUGGGAGGGGCCACCUGACUUCAGCUCCCAUCAUGCCCCGGUGGAGAAGUCUGUGCUAUCACCUUUUUGCUACACUUGCACUUUCUUCCCCUACUUUGCCCCCAGAGGAUUCUGGGGGUUGUAGUUUACUUACAAUCCUUCCUAGACUGCUCUACGUAGCUGCCUUAAAUAUACCAGAGAGGUCACUUCCGGUCUGCUGCGGGAGGCUAAUGGCGGUGAGCCCCGUGUCGUCCGAUUAAAAGAUGACACGGUCCCGGCAAAAUAGGGCUUGAGGGUGCCUCCAGGGCUCGGCGCACCCCCGAGAAACCCCCCACGGAAGAGUGGGGACUCUAGGGUUCCAGUGGAGUGAAGAAACUCACACACACACACACCUUUAAUAUACCAGAGACAUCAGACCAAGUGGUUUGAUCUCAACCCAGUGAUUAUACUUAUCCACAAUGGAGAGGGGCACUGAGAAAAUCCAGUGGUGGGGGUGGUCUGGGAGAGUCCUGAGGGCCGGGUAAAGAGCCCUGGAGGGCCUCAUCCAGCCCCCAGGACUGAGGUUCCUCACCACAAAUGUUGAUGUUUGCUUUGAAGAGCCAGUUGAUCUGCAUGUUCGAAAGAGGUCAGGUGUCGCUUGCAGACGGUUCACUGCUCACCCCAGGCGAAUUGUAAGCCGGCCAGCUUUCCCAACAGCCGCAAUGGACUCUUUCCAAGUUUUUGUCCUUCCUUGCAGAUCGUCCCUGGUUGCAAGAGAAGAGCAAGGUGGAGCGUCUGCAGAACAAUCUGGAGUUGGCCUUCAGGCACAUGUUGCGGAAAAACCACCGGGAAGGCAUCCUGGCCAAGGUGCGUAUCUGCUGGGGACUUUGCUGGGUGCAAGUGAGAGAGACCCUCCCCCUGUCUUAAGCACCUCCUCUCCCUCCGUUAAACACCUCACCUAGAUCACCGGCUACCUGUACUGCUUGCCUGCCUGCUUGCCGGCUAUUCUAUUAUCACGCUGGAGUUGAUGCUGCCACCUAUUGGCAGCUACACAGACUGCAGCAUGACAACAACCUUACGUUUUUAUGUCUAUAGGAAGAUAUAUCAACCUCUCCCUCCUUGUCUGCUUGCCUGCCUGCCUGCCAUUCUGUCGUCAUGCUGGAGUUGAUGUGGCCACCUUUUGCCAGCUGCGCAGACUGCAGCAUGACGACAGCCUUACAUUGUUAUGUAUAUAGGAAGAUAUAUGUAACCUCUCUCUCUUCUCGCUUCCGACAGUUGCCCCCCAAAGGGAAGCUUCGAAGCCUCUGCUGCCAGCAUGUGGAGAAGCUGCGUUCCUUCCGCCAGAUGUACCCCAUCAUUGUCCACGCCGUCUUCCCGCCCCUGUACAAAGAGCUCUUCAGCGCAGACUACGACCCUCUACAGGGAACAGCAGGGGAAUAA